AUGGCAGCCACAUCAAACAUACACUGGAUGGAAAAUACAAGGCAUGAGAUUCAAAAUUUACAGGUAAAUGGAAAAGCAUUCCAAAUAAACAUGUGUUAAUUUAAAGUUACAUUCUGUAGUUAAAUUAAACAAAUGAGGGACAAGCAAUAAAAGUCUCACUAAAUCAAAAUAUUAAAUGCAAUGAGUGUGACAUUCUCCUAUGUUAUGAUAUAAUCAAAUACAGAACGACUUGUCAGCACAUUUAAUCUAAAGUAAAUGAUAUACUGUUUUCUAUUCGAAAUAGAAAAUACUAUACGUUUUAUUCUUUAUAUUGUUAUUAAACGUUAGCACAGACAGAAAGCUAAUUAGCUAAGAGCUAUAUCAGAUUAAUCGAUUGUGUUAUUUUGUAAAUAAAUUGUGAAUUGUGGUCAAAUGACAAAUUUUUAUACAAAAUAGCUAAAUUUUAAAAAAAUUGCCAACUCAAAUUACCAACUCAGUUAUUUUUUUUAGAUCUUCUAUGUUGGCCUAAAACUAGCAGUUCCCCAAUGUAGAAUUUAAAAUGUACCUGUUAUGUCCAGUACAAUCUCAGACAUGUUGUACUAGACAUAACAGGUACAUUUUAAAUGCUACAAUGGGGGACAUCAAAUUUCAGAAUAUAUAUAUAUUUUUUUUUUUUAAAUGCCCUUUAAAAAAAUAUGAUCCAUCCACCACCACCUGUCACUCAUUAUUUAGCAUUAGAUUUAUAACAUACAGAUCUAAGAUGAGAAUUGAGAGCAGAGGAGUAGCGGAGGGAAGGGGCGUGCGCAACCACCACUAGAUGCUGGUCUGAUGGAACACUUAUACGACAGGGCGCCCUUCCAGCAUCAGAGAUAGUCUGAUUGCAAAUAAAAGACUUGCCCCACGGUGCCUCAUGGCUUUGCCUUUUGUCUGGCAGAGAAAGCAAGGGAACUAUUCCAAUAGUGGUUUUAUUUCUCCCUGUCAAUGUGCUAUCCCCUAGAAAUAAUUUUUCGAUGUACAAUCAGAUAUUUUCAGAAUAUUGCAGUAACAUGCGGAGAAAAUAACACGUUGAUCAGGGAUUAUACAAUAAAAGUAAUCAGUGGCAUGGCAUGUUAUGGUAAAAGGGUCUUGUGAUGCUGUACAUCGUUGAUGCAUAUUUUCCACAAAGAAAAAUGACCAGUAAACAGUCCAAUAAAGUUAUGAACCAAAAUAUAACAUAAAGUAAGCACAAAACAAAACACAUUACAUGAGGCUACAAGGGGUGGAGGUCUGAGGCAAGAGAAGUGUCGUACGUCUGAUUCAAUCAGAGUCUCUAGAAAACUUGUCGCAAACUUUUGGGAAUUUAUGUAACGUCUUCUUUCUUCCAUGAGACACUUGUUCCCACAUUAGGACUGGGCUAGGUAAGGAACAGAGACAGAAUACUAUUAUUGGACUGUGGCUUUUUCAUUGCUAGAAGUAAAUGGCACAGGUAAAGUAAAAUAGGUAAAGAGAAUAUAUUAUAAUGAUAUAAUAUAAUAUUGUAUAAUAUAAUAUAUAGCAAUACUCAGAUCGGGUUGGAUAGAAACCCCAGCCAAUUAUCAAGUCAGUUAAAAAGGGAAUAUAUAUGAUAAUAUAAAGAAAAAAUGAGAGCAGCACUUUCAGAUGCAGUGGUGCACACACAUUGCAUCAACUUAUUUAGUGAAGGACAUAUGUAAAGAUUACUUAAAUACACUUUUGUUUAAUAAGCAGUAGUACUAUUUAAUUUGUCUCCCGUGUCAAAAAUAAUGUAGGACCCACUAAUAUUGGGGUACUGUGACAUAGUGGUGUUCUUAACACAAUAUGGCCAUAUGGUGGAACUGAAGUCCCAAAUUUGUGUGCUGAGAUAGGUGAUUUCAAGUAACCUUGUACAAUUAAAAACUCUAUUUUUGUGUACACGCUGUCCCUUAAUCUGUGUUUUUGUAGAUAUGACUGGCAGGAAAUUAAGAUGGAGGCACCCAGGGUAAAUUUGUUUAGUUCUACUUUCUUUCCCAUGAUUCAAUGCACACACAUCCACAUGCUUUAGGAACAUUCAUAGAAACAUAGAAUGUGACGGCAGAUAAGAACCAUUCGGCCCAUCUAGUCUGCCCAAUUUUCUAAAUACUUUCAUUAGUCCCUAGCCUUAUCUUAUAGUUAGGAUAGCCUUAUGCCUAUCCCACGCAUGCUUAAACUCCUUUACUGUGUUAGCCUCUACCACUUCAGCUGGAAGGCUAUUCCAUGCAUCCACUACCCUCUCAGUAAAGUAAUACUUCCUGAUAUUAUGUUUAAACCUUUGUCCCUCUAAUUUAAGACUAUGUUCUCAAGUCAUCAUGCAUUACCUUAGAUUUGCGUUGGAUGCCAGACCAUGCCAGCAAUUGCAUUUAAACAAAAGUUAAAAAAACAAAUAUUUAUUUUAGUAAACUAUUCAAAUUAGCCAUUGCCCAAGAAGUCACUACUUCUCUAUCAACUGUUUCCAGGUCUGUGAUACUUAACUUUCUUAGUGACUCUGUAUUGCCAUGAAUAAGUGACUAAUAGAUCUGCAAAUGUGCCCACUCAGUGCACAAUGCUGCACCGCACAGUCAGACUACAUAUCUUAAUGUGUUUAUUUCCCAGGACCAUAAUUCCCAAACAAUCCAGAAUUCACCAGGGACAUCAAUUUAAAGGUCUGUGCCGGGGCAUUCACGGGCCUUGUGUUCCCAGCUGUAGUUGACCAAUAAUAAAACCCUCCCUAUUAUUAAAAGGUAGGCAGAAAGGAGUUGGAUAGAGCUGGCAGCUGUUGUGCUAGGGGCAAGUACAAACUAAUGUCUAUUUUUCUGCAUGAAACUCACAGAACCGUGCAUGCUUGGUACUAAUUACAUGCAAUAUGUGGAAAUAAAUUUGCCAGAUAGAGGUGCAGACACUGUUCCCCACAAUUCUAUUUUGCCACCAACUAGAACCAUCAUGCGUGAAUGGUUUGAGUGUCACCUUAAACACCUCAAAUUGCACCACCUUUACUUAUCACAGUCCGGCACAGAGCUGUAACUAGAAAUCAGUGGGCCUUGAUGUGAAAAUUGCCAUGCUCCCUCCCCAUGAGUCUCCACCACAAAGCCCCUCCAUGCGUGUCAUCCCCCUAGCCUCUCCAUGCAUGUCAUCCCCCUAGCCUCUCCAUGCAUGUCAUCCCCCUAGCCCCUCCAUGCGUGUCAUCCACCUAGCCCCUCCAUGCGUGUCAUCCCCCUAGCCCCUCCAUGCAUGUCCCUUCAUGUGUCUCAUUCCCUCCCAGUCCAUCCAUGUGUCUCAUUCCCCCUCAGCCCAUCCAUGUGUCUCAUUCCCCCCAGCCACUCCAUUCUUAAUCUCAUUUCUCGUUUAUCCACCAACAUGAUGAUUAACUAGCUAGUUUUAAAGAUACCCUGUCUCUUCCCAGAAUUAGUAAUACAUGUUUAUCUAGUUAAGAAAUAUUUAAUAAUUUGUGAGGUGUAAAAAAAAAAUGAAGAAGAAAAAAGUGGACAUACAUUAACAGGAUGCAGUUCCUAUUUAUUACACCUCCCCUGCCCCCACCCCCACCCCACCCCCAGUUAUUCAUCCAAACAUAUAAUACCACUCCCAUCCAUCCACAUUCAUUACCUGUAGUCAUACAUCCACACUCGGUACCCUUAUGUGUCCACACCCAUCCACACAAAUUAGCCCCAGCCACACACCCAUACCUAUUACCCUCAUCUUUCCACAUCCAUAAGUCCAUCCAUCCAUAUCCCAGGCAUCCAUUAACCACAGCCACCCAACAUACCUUUCACAAAGUCUGUCAUCUAUUAGCAUGUCCAGUUCUACUCUACAGAAUGUUCCCCUUCUCCUGUUGCUCCCACUAUUGCAACUUAUUUUUUUUUAAACACCGGAUUAAAUCUUUAAAUCAGUUACCAAAAUGACUGCUGACAGAUACAAUAAUUUCUAUCUGUAACCAAGCCAACAAUAUGAACCUAUCAUCCAAAUAACUCAUGAGUAAAGGUUGACUAAAAUAUGAGUAAAUUGGAAGUAGUUUUCAAAGAGUUGGCUAUUUGAUGUAAAUCAGGAGUAUACUACUCGAGACAUACAUUGCAGACAGAGGUGUGAAAAUAUCUCCUACAAUUCAAAAAUCAUGUAAAAUGGAAAUUACACUUUUUAAUACCAGGUAUAAACACAGCUCUGAGUAGUUAAACUUUUACAUCAAUGAUCAUACCAUAGGUUAAAACAGCUUAGUUGUUUUCUAAUUCUAUAUUUAUUUAUUUCUGCUAAAAUAAAAAAAUACUGUUUAUUUAUUUCUAGUUUUAAUUGAUAUAGUAUGAGAAUAAUUACAUGUUUUGUUCCUGAAUAGGAAUGGAAGGAUUUUGUUGCCAAGCUACAUGAUGCUGUCCAGCAGCAGAUGAAUGAAAGCAGUGUUAAUAUGUUCACAGACCUGUCUGAAUCAGAGAAAGUGUUUGUUCUGGAGAAAGCUUCCAAGGCACUGAAUGCAGGUAAUAAUAUGGGAUGAUUGUUAUAAACUACCACCCUAAUGCAUAUUAUCUCAGCUGUUAGUUAUAUCAAUUUAUUAUGAGGUAAUUUUAUGACAAGGCUGUUCAGCUAUGUAUACAUUGUAACAUAGUUAAUCAAUGCACAGUAACUGUACUUAUGUUGAUACUUGAGACAUAUUUAAAGAGUAUUAAACCAAAAUACUUAACCCCUUAAAUCCCAGCCACGGAUACAACAAUACCUUUAUUUACAGGUUUUAGUGGACGUUACAGGGUCCAAUAUGGGGCCUACCCAUUUCAGUCUUCAUACAUGGAAAUUUGACUAAUAGAUUUACUGGAACAUCAUUGAGGUAGUACGGAAGCCCAGGAAACCACAAUACCCCCAUCUUGGCAUACCAUUUGCAAAAUUAGACAACCCAGGUAUGCCCUGGCUUUCUUGUAGCCACUUAGUCACAAAACUUUACCACGUUUAGUAUAAAUAUUUUUUUUUUUUGCUUUUUACCCCCAUCAUGGCAUACUGUUUGCAAACGUAGACACCCCAAGGUAUUCAAAAUGGGGUAUGUCCAGUCUUUUUUGUAGCAAUUAAGGCACAAAGACUGUCCAAGUUAUCUGGCAUUGUUGUUUUGUUUUCACACAAUCACUGCACUUUCACUGUUUAUAUCAUCAUCCUUAUGUUUUUUACUGCAAUACAACACCCAUAUUUCUAUUCAGCGAUGUCCCACAAGUACAACAAUACCCCCUAUGUACAGGUUACAUUGGAUUUUUGGAAGUUAUAUGGUCAUAUUUGGGGCCUGCCCAUUUCAGUCUUCAUACAUAGACAUUCAGUCUUCAUACAUAGACAUUUGUCAGCAAUUUUCUGGGUAUAUGCUGUCUUUAAGACAGUAUUGCACCCAAGAAAAGAAAAUUUCCCCAAUGAUGGUAAAAGUAGAAAACCCAGGGCAUAUUCAAUGGCGAAUUCUGAGUUGUUUGUUGUAACCUCUUUAUCACAAAUGCAGGGCACAUUUAGUGGUUUUACUUUCAUUUCUGUUUUUCACAUGCAACUUUCAGUUUCACCUGCAACUUCCCUUUUCACUGGAAAUUUCAUAAUCCUGAUAUGUGUUACUGCUGUAAAGUCCCGGUAAUUUUAUUUAGCAAUGCCCCAUGUACUGGUUAUUCAGGUUUUUUGGGGAAAGACACAUGUAUAUUACAUGCCCAUUCCAAACUUGGAAAUUGAGAAAUUGAUGUUCAGUGCCCAUGCCGCCACUGAGACAGUAUAGCAGCUAAGAAAGAAAUUUACAACCAUAAUGGCAAACCAUUAUCAAAAGUAGACAAUCCAGGGUAUUCUAAAUGGGGUAUUUUGAGCUGUUUUUUCUAGCCACUUUAUAAUGGCCUUAGAGUUGCUUAACAGGGACAGGCCAAGGUCAGGGGAUCUAGAAGUCAGGGUAGUCGGUAUAACAAGUCAAUAAGCAGUACAGACAGAUGACAACGAGUAAUUCAGACAAGCCAUGGUCAGGACUUCAAAAUAAAUAGUAAAUCAAGUCAUAAACAGUCAUUUGACUCAAUAGUUUAUCUGUGUGUUCUAAUGAUAGAAUCUGAAACAGUCUGUAAUACAUAGACUGUGUAGAGAUGGACAGGAAGGGCAAUAGAUAACCUGACAUGGUUUUAACAUGUCAGGUUACUCAGACAAAACACUCUGAUCAGACUGAUUACAGACAAAGUAUGAUGAGCAGAAACAACAGGGUUACAAAACUUAGAAAUGGUGAAAACUGACAAAAGGGUAACAUUUUAUAUAAAAAAAGGCCAAAACUCAUAGCAAUAAAACUGUGAUCAGUGCUGAAAGGGUUUAAGAGUUUGUUUUUGUUUUUGCAUUUGAAAUGAUGUCUUUGUUUAUAUUUUUCCUUCUUUUUUCAGGAGAAGUUUACAACAAAUUGUCAGCUCAGAUCAGCACUUUCUUAGAAGAUAAUAUAUACAGCUAUGUCGCCCAUGAAGUUCAGGACAGUGACAUCCCAAAACAUCAGUCAGACUUAGUGGCAAGGCAUAUUCAGGAUGGAGUGGUAUGUGAAAGCCUUUCUUGGAAUUACACCUGAUAUGUAUUUUUAUAGAUAUAAGGGAUUAAAAAUAGAAAUAGUAAAAAUUAAAUUAUUUUAUUAAACAAAGGUGGGUAGGUAAUAUUAUGUGAAUUUAAUAUUUUUUUUUAAAUGUUUAUGAAUGGGUUAAGCCUUCCCCCAAAUCCUCUAGUGGCUGUCUCAUUGACAGCCGCUAGAGGCGCUUGCGUGAUUCUCACUAUGAAAAUCACAGUGAGAGCAUGCAAGCGUCCAUAGGAAAGCAUUGAUAAUGCUUUCCUAUGCGACCGGCUGAAUGCACGCGCAGCUUCUGCCGCGCGUGCGCAUUCAGCCGACGGGGAGGAACGGAGGAGGAUCGGAGACAGAGAGCUCCCCGCCCAGCGCUGGAAAAAGGUAAGUUUUAACCCCUUUCCCCCUUCCAGAGCCGGGCGGGAGUGGGACCCUGAGGGUGGGGGCACCCUCAGGGCACUAUAGUGCCAGGAAAACGAGUAUGUUUUCCUGGCACUAUAGUGGUCCUUUAAAGGGACACUGUAGGCACCAUUAAAGGUCUGGGUGCAAACUCCCAUAACCCUUUUCUAAACUGCAAUAAUUAUCUGCUAGGGUUAACGCCUCCUCUAGUGGCUGCCUACCAGAAGGGGGCCUUGACAGAGGAGGAUUCUAUAGUGCCAGCAAAAUAAGUUUGUUUUCCUAGUUUCCCUUUAAUUAAUUUCAAAAGUUUCUUUUGACUUUUUAUGAUUAGGUGUUACGCGCCCACUCCCCCCGUAUUUCUGUGUGUAAGCUUACUAGUAUUGAUUUCACAUUUCUACUGUUAUUAUAUAUUAAAGAUACAGGCUUCACUGAGCAUUGGCAUAUAGCCUGUCCUAACUAAUCACCUUCACUACACUCUUGAGUAAACCUACACAUUUACAAUGUUCCUAAUUCUCACUCCUACUCCUACUGAGCCAUUAUUAUUUUCCAACUCUCUUCUCAAUGACAAUUUCAAGUCCACAGUCUAUUCUUCUCAACCAAUUUCAUGUCCGUAUUUUUCUCCUCCAGUCCAUUUCAUGUCCAGCCAUUCCCUAUGUAAUUUCCUGUCCCCACUCUAUCUCCAUGCUUACUAUCCCAGUCUAUUUAGAUUCAUGUCUAAACUCUUCUCUCUCUAUUCUCUGAAGUUCUCCCCUCUAAUUUACACUUUUUAAUAAUAGUUUUGGAAGAAAAUUUACACUUUUUUUCUGUUUGGAUUUUUUCUAAUCACAGCCAUCUGAAUGCCUAAGACAAUAACCUCACUGCCUCCAUUGGUGGAUAUUUACAUUGAAAUUUGAUUCUUUUUCAAUAACUUUGUAUCUACUGUUAAUAAAGUCAGAAAUUCAAUUAGAUGGUGAGACUGUGGAAAUGUACGCAGAGAAGACAGAGUUCAGUAGAAAUAUCAUGUUGAACAUUAUUCCCUCACUUACCUACUUCUGUGUGUUACGGUCUACUCCCCUACCUGUUUUGUGCACAAACAUCUAACCCAGACACUGUCUAGCUCCCCUCAUACCCAAAUUUUAUAUGUUGCUUCUCUUUUUCUGCAAUUUUAAAUUCUCACCUGCGCUUCUUCGGAGUAGAAGUAGUUGAAGAAAAUUAAAUUAUCCACCUCUUACUAACGACUUCACAGCAACAUGUUACAAUGGGGUGAGAGGCAAGCAGUCCAACCACCACAAGCAAUGAUAUGGUAAUACAUAAACUACAAAAAAGUCAACAGCACAAUGAAAGCUCGUUUGGUAGGUUUUGGCCACAUACUCAGGCUGCUUUUCUAUUCACAUUCAAAUCUUUUACAUUUUGCUGGAAAAAAAAGUUAAAACAUUUUUGCAACUUUCUGCAUUUUCCCUGUCCCAGUGUCCCCUUAAUCAUUAAGAUGAAGUUGUUUUGGUGCUUGGAGUGUCCCUUUAACAUAUAUUUUAAAGAGUAACCUGGUAAGAAUAGUAAAAUAAAUUAUUAAAAGGGAAUGGAGAUUAUAUAAAGGACAGAUCUGAAUGUUCUACUGAAUUAUGAUUUUCUUUUGAAAUACUUGCAUAUUCCAUAUAUAUGAAUGAUUUAUUUGUUUGUUUUAGAUUAGAAUCUUGGAUAAAAGACCUGAACUGAAGAUAAAACUACGUGUGCUUUUUAACCAUCCCUUACCCGUUUCUUUAAGAACUUUAACAUGGAGAUUGCAAUUAUCAAACACUAAAGGUAGGACAAUCAAAGAAAUUAAACUCUGUUAUAGUGUAUAUUUAAGCAUAUAUAGGUGCUCUGUGCAUAUAUUACAUUUUCUUGUCCUACAUGGUUCUUAUUCAUCUACUCUUUAUCCAUGUUUCAAUACUCUUGUCCCACUCUUCAAACCAAGCUUACCUAUCUGGACAAAAUUUCUCUAAUAAACGGAAUUAAAAGCUUAAGAGUUUCUCUCCUUGUGUAUUUGACCUUCAUUCAUUAACUAUCUAAUUUGUACAAUAUGAUACUGCAUGCUCAGGAAAUUCAAUGAAAUAUCCAUUGUCAGCGAAAUGUAAUGUGAAUUAUGCUGCCUUAGAAUAAAAGUGGAUUCUGGAAAAGGCAUUUUUACUUUAAAAAAAAAAUUAAAAAAUUAAGAAGUGGGUUAUAUCAUAAGAUUUUCCCUGCAUCUAUAAGUUGAGCUUCAAUUUUGUAAUCACGUUUUAAAAAUUUUUGUAAAUGUUAUUUUGUCUCUACUUUUUUUGUUAUCUAAUGUGUAAUUUAUCACAGUUCGAAUGGAAUAUUUGACCCAAGAGUCCAUGAACAAAGCAAGAUCUGUUAUGGAUGGAGAGAUUUCCAUGAAGUGCCAGGCCAUCCUCUCACAGGAACAAACCUUUCAGCACCUUAGAAAUAUUAAGAGUAGGUAGAACCCUUCAUUAUUAAUAAAUAACAUUCGUGAACAAUUGACAUGUUCGCCAUUACAGUUACCUUGCUAUCUAUCCUCUAUUUAGUGGCAGAGAAAGGUACCCCAAACUGGUGUAUUACACGGCCUGUGACUCUAGACAUAUAUGGUAUUUUUUACGGGUUUUAUGUGGAGGUGUAUGUUAAUGGUUAUGUGGAAUGAAGGAACAUGGAGACUACUUCCUGCUCAGUAGCAUAAUGAUAAUAAAUAAAGAAGACAUGCAUGGCAUGAUGUAGAACACUAAUUUAUAUCACCAACAUUGGUGCAUGCUGUAAGGGUGUCUUUGAUCCCUUAUAUUCGAACAUCAGCAACUGGGAUACAAGAUGAAACAAGGGUCUUAUGGCUCAGGCACAUAUUACUCCCUCUAUUCUUUAAUUGCUUUUUUUUAAAAAGUUUGAGAUUAUAUGAAUACAUAAAAAUAUUUUAUCUAGACAUUAUCUGUGCGAAAAUAUUACUAAGAGUUGAGCAAUAAAAGAUGACUGUUAAAGGUAUUUUUUUCUCUUGGAUAUAAUUUGGUGGUGGAUGUACCUAACCAUAAAUAUUUUAAAAUUUAAAGAUAUUGAGAGAACCAUGCGCAAUGUACUGUCAUAUCACCAUAAGAUUCACCAAAUGAAGGCAAGCCUUCCAGAUGAAGAUUAUCUUCUUCUUCUACCACUGGUUCAAGUGGUGAUGGACAACUCUGCCUCUACUUCCUCACAAGGCUCAAUUUCUGCAUUGUUAGUUGAAGAAUAUAUCACUUUUAUGGACUCCAGACUUACAAUCAUGCAGGUAAUAUUACAGGCCCUACCUAAUUUUCAUGUGUAUGUCUAAUGCAUAGCUAACGUUUUAGGGAGAUCUCUGUGGAAUCUUCUAGUAUAAACCUAUCAACUUAGUAUUGAUAAAAACUCAUAACAACUUAGAAUAGUUUAGAUUGUGAACAAAAUGAGAAAAUAUACAGAAAAAGGGACCGUGCUUUCCCUAAAAUAGGGAUACCCUCUGUCAAUCAAUAUGUGAACAACUGAGCUGCGUACCACAACCAACUACAAAAAAUAAUUAACUUCUUGUACAAAGAUAACAACCAAUCAAUAAAAGUAAAAAUAUAUAUAUAAUUUAUUGAUCCUUGUAUGUAUUAAAGGUAGUUUUGUGAAAAUGUGUUUUGCCUUCACUAGUCUUUGUCAAUGACAAAAUAACAGAAUGCAAGUGUCUUUAUAAAUGUUACUGCUAGUCACGUGUUGUUCAGUUUAUUUUUAAUUGGUUGUAAGUUAAUUGUUACUAUGCAGUUCACUUGUUCACAUAAGAACCUGUUUGCAAUCAAUUACCUUCUGUAGUCAGUGUGAACUUGAUUUUGUCAGAAAACAAAAAAGUCUUAAAGGGGUUUACAUAUCAUGCGCCCAAGAAGUAGAUCUAUUUCUGUGUCGGCCAUCCGAUAUAUUUAAUUUUAUUUUUCCUUAAUUUUUGUCUCUUACAAAUGUCUAUGGGAAUUAAAAUGAUACAUGUUUGGUUUUCCUACUCCUUAUGACCAAAUGUCUUACUUUUUGUCUGCUUGUUCCAAGUAUUCUUCUUUGUCCAUACAGUUGCGCCUUAAUCUCUUAAAUUCAUUAUUAGGUACAUUUUUCAGCCGUGAUGGGAAGUGACUUUUCAUUAAAGCUGUUAACGUCCAUCUCUUUGAAAUAAGUGUUUUCAAUUCUUCUUUUUCCAUAUUUAUAACCAAGUCUAAGAAUUCUACUGAUGUCUUGCUGUAUGUAGUUGUUAGUUUCACACCCCAAGUGCUUGAGUUCAGGUAAUUUAAGAAUUCCUCUAAACUAUCACUCUCUCCUUUUCAGAUAAGAAUCAUAUCAUCUAUGUAUCUUUUAUAUACACUGAUGUUGUCUCUCCGCUUGUGAUGUUUCCACACAUAUUCUUUUUGAUAGAAUAGGUAGAGAUGUAGUAAGGACAUAAAUCCGUAAUAUAAAAUCACUAUCAACAUUAGUAUAGAAUGCAAAGGGCUGCGGUAGUCAUGCGGUGUCAAAAGAAGUUUUGUACCAGGGCCCUCUCUCUGCAUUAGUUUUGUGACUGAAAAAGGAGAGUGUGGAGAGGACAGGCAACAGCCCAGUAUUUUCUUUGUGUGUACUCGCCUCCUGCAUCUUCUCCGCCUUCUCAAAGGCCAUCUGGACCUGCUUUUCGAUUACCUCACCCAAUGUAGACAAUUGUAACAAGAGCUGCGCCUGCUGCCAGGGGCACAUGUAGCUCACCAUUGUCUUUGCUACCAUCACCACCACCAGCACUACCAAUACCUCCAUCAUCAGCAUUAACCGUUCCAUCACUAGCAACAUUUCCACUAACAUUAAUCAAACUAGUGUUGCAGUGUGAAGGUAUCCAGCUGAAAGCAGCAAUGGGAAUUAUCAGAAUAGGACUCAACUAAAAGGUUUAUCUUCAUGCAGCAGGUGAGCUUACAUUUUAAUGACCACAUUAGUGUGAUACUAAAAACUUCCUGUUAUUUAAAUGUGCACAGAGAUUUGGUAAAGUGAGCAAGUAACUUUUAAAAUUUAAAAAUGUUUUGCUUAUGUCCUAGGAACGUACGCUAUGACCACAUUUUUAUUACAGUAUUGGAUUUGAACCAAUUUACACCAUCCUUCUCUAAUAUCAUCAUGUAUUUAUCACUGUUUGAUACCAGGAUCCCCACACUGAUGACAGAAUAUUCCAGGAUAUUGCACAUUUAUUAGACAAGCUUGACAAGAAACUAGCACAAACAAUACAAGCAAUGUGCACAUCACAAGGUAGGUGAAAGUCAACAAAAAGUGUUUACUAUAGACCCUUAAUUAUAAUUACUCCUUUAACACCACCGUGUGUAAUAAUAAUAAUAAUAAUAUACUCAGCACAAGGAGAGUGGUGGUUUCUCGCAAGAUUUUUUAAAUAUCCUGUAAUGUAGAUAGACAUAUAUAGAAAAACAAAAUUACAUAAAUAGAAAAACAUAUGGAGAUAUAGCCCAGUGGGAAUAAAGGGACAUUAUAGGCACCCAGAAUACUUCAGCUCAUUGAACUGAUCUGGGUGGAGUGUCCCAGGUCCCUUAAGUAUGCAAAGGUAGUUAUUGCAGUUUUUAAUAACUGCAAUAAUAACCUUUGAGGGUUAGCUUCACCUAGAGUGGCUGUCUACCAAACAGCCAUUAGAGGGACUUCGGGGUCAUUAGGUAACUGACACUGGACAUCCUCACGCUAUGCACGAGGACAUCAAGCGUCACCCGAACCCGAUAGGAAAGCAUUGUAUAAGUUCUAAUGCGAGCAUGCCCAUCACCAGCUGACAUUGGCAGGAGAAGGAGCGGAGGUGGAGCCUGACCCAGUGCAGAGGGACAUCUGUGCUGGAGUCUGGUAGAUGACAGAAGAGUUUUUUUAACCCCUUCUGCACCACGUGGGGUGGGGGGGUGUCAAUGGAGGGGGACAAAAUAGGGAGCUAUAGUGCCAGGAAAACAACUUUCCUGGAACUAUAGUUUCCCUUUACUAAUUGUACAGCGCUACGGAAUUUGCUGGCACUUUAUAAAUAAUACAAUAAUAAUAAGUCAAUCAUCUAUAAAUGAAUGUGUUUUUUUUUAGUUCUUUUAUAUUACACCAAUGAUUAGUCAACUGAUUUCAUAUUGACUGCAUAUAAAUCCCAUAUACUGCCAGAAUAAAAAGAUGUGACUAUGUUGCUCUGACUACCAUUUGCCAUGUAAUAAUCAAAUGGUAACUUUAAAUUCAAUUGUAGAUUAUGCUAGCUUUAGUGUACCUAUAAUCUUAAUUUUAUUAAUGACAGGAGGCGAGUAUUUGCUUAAGACUUUCUUUACUUAAGCUUCACAGCAGCACUUUUUUACUUAGUAUCAAGGUAACCAAUCAGAAAAAAGGAUAACAAGGUAUGAGUCCCUCCCUGUGAUGUCAUUUCCUCUUUCAGGCUGCGAACAAAUAGGAACCGGAACUGUAGCAACCAGACAAGGGAUUCAGGAUGCCAGAUGAGAAGGAUGAUACUUGAGAGGGAAACCGGAACGUAACUUGAGUUCUUGAAGAGCAGAGAUGAAGCUUGCGGUGUAACAGCAACUAGACUUGACCUCUUAAGGGAGUUUUACGCUGAAACGAGAGAGCAGAGUCGAAACCAAGGAUUAAUCCGUGAAUUGGACUUUGAAAAUAUGAUAACCAGUUGAUAUGAAUCAUAUAUUAUAGCCUGCUAGAAAACCUUAAUCUAUACAUUUUAGAAUGUAAUUCCUAACCCCCAUGGUAGUAGGGCAUUGUGAGUUCCUUCUUGUCUUAGAAACUUACCUACAGGGGCGACCCUAGGGUGGGAAAAAACGAAGGUAAAAGUGGUGGGAAAUACUCGCCCCCUGUCAUUAAUAAAAUUAAGAUUAUAGGUACACUAAAGCUAGCAUAAUCUACAAUUUUAUAACAUGACAGGAGGCUUCGUAUUUGCUGUUUUAACGCUCCCCGAGAAGGGCCAAGGAAGCGUGCACAGCCGGACGAAAAUAGAAGUUGCGGAACGUCUGUUCUCGGGACCAGUCUGCGGAGUGAAGAAUGUCUCGAAGAGAGGCUCCAGCGCUGAAUGCCCCCGAUGCCACCGCUCCUCUGAUGGAGUGGGCUCCGAAGGAGGUUUCAAUCCCGGCUAGGGAGAGCAACCACCUAACCCAUCGGGCAAGGGUUGUGGUUGACACUGGAUUAUGCGGUCGGACGUAUGAGACCAAUAGUUGGCUGGAGGAAGAAGGACGGAGAGAGGAGGUGAGUAAUAAAUAACGAGAAAGAAGAGAUACCACACACAAUUUCGGGUGGUUCAGGAAGUAAGGGUAAAAUAUAGAAGAGGAGUUAGAUUUCGUCCGUCUGGACACAGAAAAGGUGACACCCUCUGGGGAAAAGUUGAUAGCGUCAUGGUCAAAUGCUCGAACAUCCGAUACUCGUCGGAAGGACACUAAGCAAAGUAACAGGGUGAAUUUUGCUGAGAGUUGGCGGAGGGAUAGAUCCUCGUUGUUUGGCCAAGUCUCGAGGAAACGAAUCAUGACAUUGACGUCCCACAGAUGAGAGUAUUUCGGUUUAGGGGGGCGAGCCAGUUUGAUGCCUCGCAAUAGUCUACAAACCAGCUGGUCCUGGCCCACUGGAAUCCCGUCUAGAGGGACAUGGGCUGCAGAAAUGGCUGAACGGGAAACGUUGAUGGAUCUGUAGGAAAGGCCGAGAUCGAAUAGAUGAGAGAGGAAAUUCGAUAUGAACUGUCUAGGGGCCGUAAGGGGAUCGGUAUUCCGUUCCAGGCACCAAUUGCACCAAGCGUUCCAGGAGGAAAGAUAGCAUCUUCUAGUUCCAGGGGCCCACAAAUCCCAGAGGAGUUCCUUAGAUCUCUGUGAUAGUCCUCCGAAGUGCCAGGUUCCCCUGAAAGAGUCCAAGCUACUAGGUGGAGGUGGCCUUGUGCUAUCAUUGGAUGAGGGUUCCCUUGAGGGUCCUCCAGGAGGUUGGGCCAUGGAGGCAGAAGGAGAGGAUCUUGGCAGGAGAGGUCCAGAAGAUCCGGAAACCAUGCUUGGCCCCGCCAGAGCGGGGUGAGUAGUACCAGUGUGAUCUGUUGUCUGCGAAUCUGAAGGAGGGUUCUGGGGAUCAUUGCAAACGGAGGAAAGGCAUAGGCUCCGUCGUCGGCCAACUCUGAAGGAAGGCGUCCACGGCCGAGCAUUCUGGGUCUGGAAGCCAGCUGAAAAACCGUGGAACUUGAAAAUUUGUCCGGGAGGCAAAUAGGUCUAGGAUAAACGGGCCCCUGAGUUUGGAGAUGUGGAGAAAGAUUGUUCUGUGUAGGCGCCAGUCGCUGCCGUCUCUCCAAUAUCGGGAGAACCAAUCCGCGGUAAUGUUCGUCUCCCCUGGGAGAUAUUCUGCCCGAAGUGUGAUGUUGCGUUGGAAGCAAAAUUCGUAAAUGUCUUUUGUCACUUCGGAAAGGGUGCGAGAUCUGGCUCCGCCCAAUUUGUUGAUGUAUUGGACAGCUGAGAUAUUGUCCAUCCGAAGGAGAAUACAGCAGUUUGAGAGAUGACUAGUCAAACUGCGAAUUGCGAACGAGCCUGCGAUUAACUCCAGACAAUUGAUGUGGAGAAAGUGUUCUGAGGUGGUCCAUGGUCCUCCGGUGGAGGUUGUAUGACAGGUUGCGCCCCAGCCCUGGAGGCUCGCAUCUGAUUCCACCACAAAGUCCGGGGUGGGACCGAAAAUUGCCUUGCCGUUCCAGGCCGACAUGUGGCGGAGCCACCAAGACAGUUCCUCCUUCACCUCUGUAGUGAUCGGGACCCUCUGGUCGUAUGAUGGAUGGGUCCGGAGGAAUCGAGCUUUCAAGCGUUGCAUGGCCCGGUAGUGAAGGGGGCCUGGGUAGAUUGCCUGAAUGGAAGCAGAAAGGAGGCCAACGAUCCGAGCUAAUCCUCGAAGAGGUAAAUCCUCUUGACGAAGCGUUAUGCGUAGCUCCUUUCUGAUCGCAGUUAACUUGGACUGAGGUAGGCGAAGAACACAGGUUGAAGAGUCGAUCUCGAAGCCGAGAAAUUGAAUGACUCUGGAUGGGGACAGUGAUGAUUUCUCUUGGUUUAUGACAAACCCCAAGGAUUCGAUCAAUACAGAUGUAUAGUUCGUCUGUGAACGCAGUCUGGAUACGUCUUCGCAGAGAAGCAAAAGGUCGUCGAGGUAGAUUAAACAACGGAUGCCCCUUUCUCGAAGAUGUGCGGUGACUGGUUGAGCAGUUUGGUGAAACACCACGGGGCGGAACUCAGGCCGAAUGGAAGACAGGUGAAUUGGAAAAUUAGGUGGUGCCAAAGAAAGCGGAGGAAACGGCGACUGGAUGGGUGUACUGGUACCGAAAGGUAAGCGUCCUUGAGGUCGAGACGGGUGAACCAAUCGCCUGGUCGGAGAAUGUCUCUGAGGAGAUGGAUCCCUUCCAUUUUGAAAUGUCUGUAAAUAACGAAAGAGUUCAGUUGACGAAGGUUGAUUACUGGGCGAAAUUCCCCUGAUUUCUUCUUGACUAAGAAGAUGGAGCUGAGGAAACCUUUGUCGAAUGGAGCGAGUUGAAUCGCUCCUUUUGUUAAAAGAGAAUGUAGUUCUGAAUCUAGGUGAAGACUCUGAGACCUUGCCAUUUUUGGAUAGUGAGGAUAACCUGUUUGAGAAGGGAGAGAAUGAAACUCUAUGGAAUAACCCUGAACGGUGUUUAGGACCCAGGUAUCUGAAGACAGUGUCUUCCACAUGUCUACACAGUGUGACAACCUGCCUGCAUGAUGAACAGUAGAAAGGUGAAAGAUAGGAAAUCUCACCUGUUGGGUAUCUGCUGCGUCCGCGGGUUCUGUAACCUCUUCCCCUAUCCGCCCUUUGGGAGUAAGAGCCUCUUGGUUGAUAGUUGGGGAAGAAAGAUGAAGUUGGGGUUCUCUGGCGUUGGUUUGUGGUCCAGAAACGGCUGACUGUGCGACCCCUUGUACGGCCAGCCCUGCCAAAAACCCGUGAGGGUUGAUAAUGAAAUACCCUUUUCAUGGAUGACUGCGCCUUGUUUAGUGUGGCGUAUAAGUUUACAUGUUUAUUUAACUCUUUAAUAUAGGGUUCUCCAAACAAUAGACCCUGUGCUUUGGGGCCCAAUUCUUUUGUUCCCAAGUCAGCUAACUUGGCAUCCAUACGCAGCAGCACUGCUUUUCUACGCUCAGUACAGAGUGAUGUAUUAGCAUUGCCCAGCAGGCAAAUAGAGCGUAGGGCCCAUUCUCUGAUCACCGAUGGGUCUAGAGGGCCUUCAUUAGAUAAGGCUUCAUCAGCCAGUAGAAGAAUUUUUGCCAGAGGUCCUAGGAUAUCCAGCAUUUUGUCUUGGGUUAGACGUAGGCUGCGUUCAAUGCCCUUUUUUGGGUCACGGCCCGAUCUGGCCAGAUAUGUAUAGAGCAGCGUAUCAAACUCCGGGGUCACCGCGACAUUAUCCGGUAGAGUGGGUCUAGGACAUUCAGCUCGUAAUCGUUUGCGGACCUCCCGAUCUAGGGGUCUUCUGAUCCAAAAAAUGAAUAUACUGGGAAAGAUGGUCUGGUAGUCACCAUUCAGAUGAUCGAGGAUAUCUAAUUUGUCUCGGGUCAAAAAGAGGUUGACCAAGCGUAUCCAGAAAGGAUUCAGCGUCCCCAGAUGGAAGUGAUCCGGGUAUCGUAACUUCGGUUGGGAGGUCUCCCGUAAUAGAUUGAGGGAGAGGUGCUCCUUUAAAGGAUGUCUCGGGCCAGUCCUCCUCAUCUUCUGAGGAGUGGUCAGCUUGCCAUUCAUCUAGGAUGGCUAAUGGAUGUAAGUCGAAAGAGUCUUCCUCUUCUUCCGAUAGAGUAGGCUGGAUGGAGUGUUUCUCUCUAGCAUCCACCUGUUUGGGGCGUUUCGCCGGUUCUUUCCCCUUACGUUUGAGGGGUUCAGGCCCAUUCCCUUUCCAAUAACGUUUAUUUGGUUUGGAAGGGUUUCUUUUUGUGGAAUCGGAAUCCUCCGCAUCUUCGUCAGAAAGCGGGGUUUCAGAAAUUUUAGGGUCUUUUGGCUCAAUGGGCAGCACCCGAGCCAGGGCCAUUUCUAGCGAAGCAGCAACAGCUGCAUUUAUAAUUGCUUGCAAGUUUUGAUCUUGAUUUGAAGCCUCCAUAGCAACAGUGUUGGUACCUAUGGGGCAGAAUAGGCCAGUGUUAGAGUGUAGAUUAAGGCCGUCUCAAAUAUCAUAGUAUGUUAUUAUUUCACAUUGCAAGCUGUAAUUGGGGUCACCCAGUAUAAAUCACCUCAGGGAAUACUUUUCAAACCCGUAUAGAGGUAUAGUGGCACAGACAAAGCGGGCCAAUCAUGGGCUGUAUAUGAUAACAGCAAUCAUAAUUUAGUCUUAUGUGUUUAACCUUAUACACGUGCACAGUGUAGAUAUGAGUUGUAAUUAUAAGGUAUAUUUAGUGAUUAACGAUAAAUUAUAUAUGCAGUAUGAAUAAUCCUCCACUAGAGGGAAGUAGAGUGAGACAGAGAUGAAACUGCCUUUGGAAUUAAACUCCUUCCUCAGUAGAAAGGAGUAAGCAGAAAAAUAACUUUGUUAUAAUUAAAAUAAUGAGCAUGGAUUAAUGUGAAGGAAUAAAGAUAUGUGUUUAGAUAACGUUAUUUAACCGCUAUAAUAAGCGGUAAAAUGGCCGCCGCACGGCCAGAGUAAAUGGAGAUCGCGGCUCCAAGAAAAUGGCCGCCGCGAUCUCGCGCAUGCGCACGAGUGAGGAAGCCGUUUGGAUCCCGCGGAAGAGCGCGAGAUCCAAGAUGGCCGCCGUGCACACUGGGGACCGUUGGAGGCGUACUCCGCGGUCCAAAAAGCCCGGGAAAAACGGGGCAAAAAAUGCAGCUCGAAGAAACCGGGCUAAAGAAAGGUAGAAAAUAAUAAAACUGACAGUAGUCAAGUAUAAAAGCAGAAAGGGGAGAAAACAAUGAAAUACCAAAGUGUAGAUAGAGAUGUGGAAAAAAAUUAUUUUAUCAGAAAUAGUAUAAAGAGAAAAUAUAUAUAUAUAUAUAUAUAUAUAUAUAUAUAUAUAUAUAUACUAUAAAGAAAUAUGAAAUAAAGAGAUGACAGAUAUGAUAAUAAAUAAACCACAGAAACCCACAGAAGUAGGAGACAGUGGCACUCUGACCUGUACUGGUGUGAAGCAGCAAAGAAAGAGGAAAUGACAUCACUGGGAGGGACUCAUAUACCUUGUUAUCCUUUUUUCUGAUUGGUUACCUUGUUACUAAGUAAAAAAGUGCUGCUGUGAAGCUUAAGUAAAGAAAGUCUUAAGCAAAUACGAAGCCUCCUGUCAUGUUAUAAAAUUAGAAUUCACCUUGAAUUCUUGACAGUGCACACUUUAGUGAAUAACCUUGUACAACAUUUUACGAAAUAAAAUUUAUAGUUUAUAGAGCACCAACAAAUUCUACAGCACAAUAACAUAGGUGAACACAGGAACAAGUGGGGUAAAGUGGAACAAGAGGUAAGGACAAGAUGUAUUUAAUGUAUGGGAAACAGUAAGUUACUAUAAUAAUAAUAGAAAAUAGUGUAAUAGCUACUGGCGUUAGAUUUAAAGUGCAAAAAUCGUCAUGCAAUCUAAUGAUGUACUGCUUGUUACCCCCGUGAGACCAAUCACACCAGUUUUAUAACUAAAACAUUAACACACAGAACAAGCGCAAUAAAAUAUUUUUUUGUGACAGUGUACCACAAAUGGUGAUAUAUAAUAACAUAUACCCUUUUAUAGAUUCCAGGGUGGUCACUAAAGAGAUAAAAUACACAAUCGCAUAAGGCAAUACAGCAGGUAUAAUGAAUAAAUAAAGAGGUAAAAAAAGCACUAAAAGGUAUCACACUUUUCUAUAGCCUGUAUAUAACACUGGAUCAAGUAUAUAUGCUUGAGUGUGGUAUGCAGGAUGUUCCACCAGAGUCUAUUGAUAGCAGCUUUAAUUCUCAGGAGUAAAAAGAGAAGUACCAAAUAUAAGAUAAAGUAAAAAUGUAUUUUAUACAGCAAACAUAAAAACCUUACAUUUCAGUUUGCUUAGUGCCAUAAAAGUUCACAGUCUUAGCACAACGCUUUUCAACAGAAUUUGCGUCUUCCUCAGGUGCUGGGUGCUUGAUGCUGCAGGUAUCCCCUUUUUUUAAAUUGACGAAAUUGGUGCCAGAAUCACCGGUUUCGUCAUCAGUGAUAUAACUUACGGUUUUGCCGACCAGACAGAGUCACCAUCUUGGUACAGCCAAAGGUGUACUGCAUCAUAUGAGGUUUCCACUGGAACAAUGAUUACCUUAGAUACUAUUUCCAGUUCAGCUUGACUGACAGAGUGGCCAUAUUGGUACACCAGAAGUUAUAGUGCAUAAUUUCCGGUUUCAGCCAGAAUAGUUAAAGGACCACUAUAGGCACCAAGACCACUUCAGCUUAAUGAAGUGGUCUGGGUGCCAGGUCCAUCUAGGAUUAACUCUUUUUUUUAUAAACAUAGCAGUUUCAGAGAAACUGCUAUGUUUAUAAAUGGGUUAAUCCAGCCUCUAGUGGCUGUCUCUUGACAGCCGCUAGAGGCGCUUGCGUGCUUCUCACUGUGAUUUUCACAGUGAGAAGACGCCAGCAUCCAUAGGAAAGCAUUGUGAAUGCUUUCCUAUGGACUGGCUGAAUGCGCGCGCGGCUCUUGCCGCGCAUGCGCAUUCAGCCGAAGAGGAAGAGAAGAGGAAGGAGAGGGGGAGGAGAGCUCCCCGCCUGGCGCUGGAGAAAGAGGUAAGUUUAACCCCUUCCUCUCCCCAGAGCCCGGUGGGAGUGCCAGGGAAAUGUGCCAGGAAAAUGAGUAUGUUUUCCUGGCACUAUAGUGGUCCUUUAAAUCAGCCUUAUCAUGGAUGUUGAGCUUAGCACGUCACUGCCCAUCUCAGCAUCAGUAGUUGGAAAUGUUGCGGCAGCCAUCUUGGUCCUCUUUUCGGGUUCAUUUUUUUAUAUACCUCAAUUCAAACAUCCAUAUUAGGACUCCAACAAAAAUUUACACAUGGAUAUAGUAAAAUAUUAAAAGAAGAUAAUACUCUAUAUGUCCAUAUUGUGUGUAGGGGGGAAAAAUGGGAACAAACAGUUGCAGGAAAAAAGAAUCACAAUGUGUAUAUGUGUGUGUAUGUGUAUAUAUAUAUAUAUAUAUAUAUAUAUAUAUAUAUAUAUAUAUAUAUAUAUAUAUAUAUAUAUAUAUAUAUAUAUAUAUAUAUAUAUAUAUACUGUAUAUCAAGCAUGUCACCAUCUUUGCGGCCCAGCGAGCCGCGAGUGCAUGCUCAGUGUUAUAGCAGAGUAGGCACCUGCUUUCCCCACAUUGCAGGUGCCUACUCUGCUAACACUUACCCGGCCGGGGAGGAGGACCAGCGAGGGAGCUCAGUGUCCCUGCUCCUCACUGUUCCAUUGCGCGUGCCGACUGAAGUGAAGCCGGGCGCCGAAAUAUGACUUCAUAUUCCUGCAUUACUAAACCGCGUGAGGGAGCAGUGAAGAGACUUCCAGGGAGAUGCCCCACAUUGGCUCCUAAAGGUAGGGAACAAUAAAGUCAAAUGUGUGUGUGUGUGUGUGUGUGUCUAUCAAUGUGUGUGUCUGUCAGUGAGUAUGUGUGUGUACCUGUCUGUCAGCAAGUAUGUUUGUCUGUCAAUGAGUAUUUCUUUCUGUGUGUGUGUGUGUGUGUGUCUGUCAGCAAGUAUGUGUGUGUCUGUAUGUGUGUGUCUGUCAGCAAGUAUUUGUGUGUCUGUCAAUGUGUCUGUAUGUGUGUCUGUCUGUCAGUGUGUGUGUGUGUCUGUCUGUCUGUGUGUCUGUCUGUGUGUCUGUCUGUGUCUGUCUGUAUGUGUGUCUGUCUCUGUGUGUGUGUGUGUGUCUGUCUGUGUGUCUGUGUGUGUGUCUGUGUGUGCCUGUGUAUCUGUCUGUCUGUGUGUGUGUCUGUCUGUUAGUGUGUCUGUCUGUUAAUGUGUCUGUCUGUUAGUGUGUCUGUCUGUUAGUGUGUCUGUCUGUCAGUGUGUCUGUCUGUCAGUGUAUGUGUGUGUCUGUCUGUCAGUGUGUGUCUGUCUGUCAGUGUGUGUGUCUGUCUGUGUGUCUGUCUGUGUCUGUCUGUAUGUGUGUCUGUCUCUGUGUGUGUGUGUGUGUGUCUGUCUGUGUGUGUGUGUCUGUCUGUGUGUGUGUCUGUGUGUGCCUGUGUAUCUGUCUGUCUGUGUGUGUGUCUGUCUGUUAGUGUGUCUGUCUGUUAAUGUGUCUGUCUGUCAGUGUGUCUGUCUGUCAGUGUGUCUGUCUGUCAGUGUAUGUGUGUGUCUGUCUGUCAGUGUGUGUCUGUCUGUCAGUGUGUGUGUCUGUCUGUCUGUCAGUGUGUGUGUCUGUCAGUGUAUGUGUAUGUGUGUGUGUUUGUCAGUGAAUAUGUGUGUGUGUCAGCGGGAGGAUCAGAUUUGGCACAGGGUGUUAGAGGGGGUGCUGUGGUUUAGUAGAGGGGGAUGCUGGGGUUAAAAAUAAAACCUAAGUUUCUAUGAAAAUGUAAGGUUUUUUUUUUUUGCAGCCCACAUAAACCUUGAACCUUGUUUAUAUGGCCCAUGCCAGACUUUAAGUUUGACAUGCUUGCUGUAUAUAAUUCCACGUGUCCUGCACUCACUGCUCCCGGUCUUGUGGUGGUGCAAUCUCUGACCUUAGUAUACAUGAUGUCUUGAUGGAGAGCACUCACAGGACUCAGAAAUUUUUCAAAUAGUGUUUUUUUAUUUUAGCAUCAAAUCUUCAAAUACAAAGUGUUGACGUUUCAGUCCAACUGGACUUUUAUCAAGAUGGUCUUGAUAAAAGUCAGUCUGGUUGGACUGAAACGGCGACACUUUGUAUUUGAAGAUUUGAUGCUAAAAUAAAAAAACACUAUUUGAAACAUUUCUGAGUCCUGUAAGUGCUCUCCAUCAAGACAUUAUAUAUAUUGUAACAAACCACCUCUUUUACAGGUAGGAUUGUCACAGAUCUUGCAGUAACCACAGCCUUCUAGGGUAUACAAAGUCCAGGACACAUUCAGCUCGGUUUUCCUUUUUAUUCAGUAAGAAAACAGGUGCUUUAAAUAAUAACAAAAACAAACAAAAUCCCUUGCUCUUACUUGAGCUCUUACUAGACAGUAAUUGCUAUCUGCAAUUGGGUGGCUUUCCCACUUACCAAUUUUCCAAACAAAAGAAAUGUCUUUGCAAUAAACACAAUCUCUCCUAGCUGUCUUUUUCUCCCUCACUCUGCAGCAGGCUGCCCUCUUCUUUUAAAGGCCUGUCUACUAAUUGACUGGCUACAGGUGAGUGCCAAUUAACUAACUCGUAAGUCAGAUCCAAAUAGUGGUCUGUUACACAGCAACUAAUGCUGUUGGAGCAUUGGCCCACCCUGCUCUCCAAAUACUCUGCCCCAGGGACCCAUACCAUGUUUUGCAGAACCUUAGCAAUGUAGAUUGCAAACUCUAACAUCUCUCCCUGGGGCAUUUAACUGAAAAUUCUCAGGUUGCUGUUUAACAAAUCAGGCCUGAUGUAUCUUCCAUCAAGCACAAUUCCACUUUUACGCUCACAAUAUAUAUAUAUAUAUAUAUAUAUAUAUAUAUAUAUAUAUAUAUAUAUAUAUAUAUAUAUAUAUAUAUAUAUAUAUAUAAUUUAUUUAUUUAUUUUUCAUGUUAACUCUAAAAAAUAUAUAAAAAUAAAAACACUUAAAAAUGAUAUAUUAAUACUCAAAUAUAAUUAUACAUUUCAAUGUUUAAGCCUUCUGAAGAGAGGGUUUCCAAUUUGAAAAUCCACUUCAUUUCUGUUUUGUUCAAUAAUUUCAAAUGGUGCUCCUCUCUCCAAUAAAAUGUAAUGAGCUAAAAUCACCAUUAUGAACUUGAUUAAAAUGAGCUGAAACCUUAUUUUUUAUAUAUGCUCAUUAACUCUUGUUUUUAAUGGUCUUGUGGUCCUAACCAUAUACUGUAGCCCACAUUUACAUGUAAUAAAUAUAUGACAUGACUUGUAUAGCAUGUAAUAUUAGAUUUAUUCUUAAACUCUCUAUUAUUCAUAUUAGAGGAAAUUUAUCUAUCUUUUAGUACUGGCUUUUGUUAACUGACAGGCUUUACACUGUCCACAGUUAAAAAAAAAACAAAAAAAACUUUUAUCUCUGUACUUUUGAGAUUCCUAUCCCCUAAACCUACUUUUGCAAUACAACUUUUCGUUAAUACUUGCUUUAAGUUUUUCGCUCCUCUGUAUUCCAUUUUUGGUUUGAGUCCCAUAAAAACAUCUAAAUCUUUAUUUUGUUUGAGAAUGUGCCAGUGUCUAUUUAUUUUAUUUUAUUUUUUUUAAGAUCAUGACUUUGUGUGUUAAAAUUAGAAAUAAAACUGAUUUGCUCAUCUGUUAUGUUUUUCUUUGUAUUUUAAUAGUUCUUUUCUCGGUUUUGAGUACAUUUCUAGCAAUUGUUUUUCCACUUCCUCUUUCUCAUAUCCUUUUUGAUAAAAUAGUUUCUUUCAUUUUUGUGAUUGUUUUACGAAUGUACCUUCAUCCUUGAAAUUACUCUUAAGCCUAGUAAAUUGACCUUGGGAAUAUUUGUCAACCAAGUGACAACUUUUUUUUAUCUAUGUAACUAUUAAUGUUAACCUUUUUUUUUUUUUUAAAAGUACUCGUUUUAAUAACAUCAGUCUUAAUAAAAAUUCUAAAUCUAAAAAAUGAAACUCCUGGGUGCUAAUAUCGGUAGUUAAUUUUAUGUCCCAGAAGUUUGAAUUUAAAAAAAGAUACAAAUAAAUCCAGCGAGGCACGGCUACCUUUCCAAAUAAAAAAGAUAUCAUCGAUAUACCUUCUAUAGAGGAACAAGUUUGCAUUCCAGUCAUGUUAAGAAUAAAUAACUCUUCCCAAUAUGCCAUAAAUAAGUUUGCAUAACUGGGUGCGAACUUGGUUCCCAUUGCAUUACCUCAUGUCUGUAAAUAAAAAUCUCCCUCAAACCAGAAAAAAAUAUUAUGUAAAAUACAAGAGAUACCGUCAAUAAUAAAAUGUAUCUGUUCUUCCUUAAAAUCCAUUGAAUAAUCCAUAAAAAAAGUAACUGCACAGCCUAUGUGGUUCUCUAUAAUGGUGUGUAAACUGCUCACAUCCCAAGUGACUAGUAUGCAGUCUCCACACCAUUUGGCAACAUCUAAAAUCUGUAAUAGGUUCAUAGUAUCUUUUAAAUAGGACCUAGCUCUAGCCACCAAUGGAUGUAAUAAAAAAUCUACGUAUUGUGACAAGGUGGAUAAAAGUGAAUCCACCACUGCUACAAUUGGUCUACCUGGAGGUAAAUUGGAUUUUUAUGUAACUUUGGUAGAAUAUAUAUAUAUAACCGGUAUAAUGGGAUUGUUUUGAUUUAAAAAUUUAUAUUAGUUUUCGUUUAAAUACAUUUUUUCACACCAUCAUCUAAAAAUGUAAUAAUUUUUUCUUUAAUUUCUCUCUCAGGAUUAUUCUUUAAUCUACAGUAAGUUUACCGUAUCCGACAAUUGAUUAAAAGGUCACUAAUAUAAAAUUAUUUAUCCAUGAUAACAACUCCUCCGCCCUAUCGGCUGGUUUAAUUACUAAAUUUUUGUCCUCCCUUAGUUCUUUUAGGGCUUUUAUUUCUCCAUUGAAUAUACAGUUAGGUCCAUAAAUAUUGGGAUAUCGACACAAUUCUAAUCUUUUUGGCUCUAUACACCAACACAAUGGAUUUGAAAUGAAACAAACAAUAUGUGCUUUAACUGCAGACUUUCAGCUUUAAUUUGAGGGUAUUUACAUCCAAAUCAGGUGAACGGUGUAGGAAUUACAACAGUUUGUAUAUGUGCCUCCCACUUUUUAAGGGACCAAAAGUAAUGGGACAGAUUAACAGUCAUAAAUCAAACUUAAACUUUUUAAAACAGGUUGCCAAUCCUUUGCAGUCAAUUACAGCCUGAAGUCUGGAACGCAUAGACAUCACCAGAUGCUGGGUUUCAUCCCUGCUGAUGCUCUGCCAGGCCUCUACUGCAACUGUCUUCAGUUCCUGCUUGUUCUUGGGGCAUUUUCCCUUCAGUUUUGUCUUCAUCAAGUGAAAUGCAUGCUCAAUCGGAUUCAGGUCAGGUGAUUGACUUGGCCAUUGCAUAACAUUCCACUUCUUUCCCUUAAAAAAACUCUUGGUUGCUUUUGCAGUAUGCUUCGGGUCAUUGUCCAUCUGCACUGUGAAGCGCCAUCCAAUGAGUUCUGAAGCAUUUGGCUGAUUAUGAGCAGAUGAUAUUGCCCUUAACACUUCAGAAUUCAUCCUGCUGCUUUUGUCAGCAGUCACAUCAUCAAUAAAUAGAAGAGAACCAGUUCCAUUGGCAGCCAUACAUGCCCACGCCAUGAUACUACCACCACCAUGCUUCACUGAUGAGGUGGUAUGCUUUGGAUCAUGAGCAGUUCCUUUCCUUCUCAUACUCUUCUCUUCCCAUCACUCUGGUACAUGUUGAUCUUGGUCUCAUCUGUCCAUAGGAUGUUGUUCCAGAACUGUGAAGGCUUUUUUAGAUGUUGUUUGGCAAACUCUAAUCUGGCCUUCCUGUUUUUGAGGCUCACCAAUGGUUUACAUCUUGUGGUGAACCCUCUGUAUUCCCUCUGGUGAAGUCUUCUCUUGAUUGUUGACUUUGACACACAUACACCUACCUCCUGGAGAGUGUUCUUCAUCUGGCCAACUGUUGUGAAGGGUGUUUUCUUCACCAGGGAAAUAAUUCUUCGGUCAUCCACCACAGUUGUUUUCCGUGGUCUUCCGGGUCUUUUGGUGUUGCUGAGCUCACCGGUGCGUUCUUUCUUUUUAAGGAUGUUCCAAACAGUUGAUUUGGCCACACCUAAUGUUUUUGCUAUCUCUCUGAUGGGUUUGUUUUGUUUUUUCAGCCUAAUGAUGGCUUGCUUCACUGAUAGUGACAGCUCUUUGGAUCUCAUAUUGAGAGUUGACAGCAACAGAUUCCAAAUGCAAAUAGCACACUUGAAAUGAACUCUGGACCUUUUAUCUGCUCCUUGUAAAUGGGAUAAUGAGGGAAUAACACACACCUGGCCAUGGAACAGCUGAGCAGCCAAUUGCCCCAUUACUUUUGGUCCCUUGAAAAGUGGGAGGCACAAAUACAAUCUGUUGUAAUUCCUACACCGUUCACCUGAUUUGGAUGUAAAUACCCUCAAAUUAAAGCUGAAAGUCUGCAGUUAAAGCACAUCUUGUUCAUUUUAUUUCAAAUCCAUUGUGGUGGUGUAUAGAGCCAAAAAGAUUAGAAUUGUGUAGAUGUCCCAAUAUUUAUGGACCUGACUGUAUGUUUUCAUACUUGCAGUUUUUAAAUGGUACAGAAAAAAAAUCGGAUUUUAAUUUAAGAUUGGUAUGUUUAAAAACCUCCACUUCUCUGGUAUAUUUAUCUUUUUCUUCUAUAUUUAAAAAAUAUUUUUUAACGCACAUUUUCUCAUAUAAUGGUUAAGGUCAAUAAAUAUUUCGAAUUUGUUUAAACCACAGCUUGGAGCAAAUUUAAAACCUUUCUCUUAAACCUUAUGUUGAUUAAAAUUUAAAGCUUUGUUAGAUAAAUUAACAUUUUUUUUAUAGGUUCUACAUCUUCCACUAGUUUUCCCUUAUUCUUCUUUGUCUUCCUCCCUCCUCUUUUCCCUCUUCUGUUGACUCUCUCCUUCUUUUAGGGGUGAAUGGGGAGUUCUCGGCCUCAAGUCUUGUGAUCUCGUGCUCCCUAUAAAAACCUCCUCCCCCACUGAACACAAGGGUUCAUAUCUAUUCCUUGUAUGAAUGGGCCUGUCAUUGGGCAUUUGCUUCCUAUUUGAUGAAAAAUGGGUUGUUCUCCUGUAAUUCGAGGUUUCAGGUUCUCUAUUUAACCGAGGGGAAGUAACAGUUGUUUUUCUCUGUUUCUCUCUCCUUACUUCAGUCCAUUUAUCCUCAUUUCUUUCUCUAACAACCUCAUUCUGUUUCGUCUGUUAUCAUAAACUCUAGGCUGAUAUUUCAGAAUAUUUUUUUUUUCAGUUUUCUCUGAGUUUCUUCUCCUUCUGGCCAAGUUACCGUGAUUUUCAUUUCUUUUAAUUUUAAAAUUAUCCUUUUUUUCCCAUUUUUUCUUAUGUUGCCCUUCUUGUAGUCAUCUGUAUCUCUUUGAUACUUCUUUUGUUUUAUGUUUAAAAUAUCCUGUUCUAAUUUGUCAAGUUAGAAAUUAUUGAGGAUAUAUCUUCAAAGUCUUUAGUUCAUACAAAAGUUCUUCUAACUUCUCCCUUAUACUUUAAUCGCUCCAACUAGUUUUCCCAAGGAAAUCUUUCUCUAUUCACCAAUAAUUUUCAUCAAAGUAACAGAAAAAGACUCCAUGGCUAUAUUCCAGAUGGAGAUCAAGGAGUCAUUCUCCCGGGGAAUUUGCUAAAACGUAUCCCUGGGAGUUAUCUCUUCCUUUAGAUAUUUCUCUAAGAUGAAAAUCUCCCAUUUUAUUUUCAAUUCUCGGAUCAGUAUAACUUUUAUCUCUCUACCAGUGAGAUCUCUUCCUCCUAAACUUUCUUUUGCAAUACAACUUUUCGUUAAUACUUGCCUUAAAUUUUUCACUCCUCUGUAUACCAUAAUGGUGAUUUUAGCUCAUUACAUUUUAUUGGUAUUCAAAAAGUGGAUUAACCCUGGAGAGAGGGGACCACUUAAAAUUAUUGAACAAAACCGAAAUGAACUGUUUAUCCCUUGUUUUAUUUAGAAAAUUGGGCAGACUAGAUGGGCCGAAUGGUUCUUAUCUGCCGUCACAUCCUAUGUUUCUAUGUUUCUAUGUUUCCCUUUUUUCCCCUACACACGUAUGGAGUAUUAUCUUUAAUAUUUUACUAUAUCAAUGUGAACAUUUUUGUUGGAGUCCUAAUAUGGAUGUUUGAAUUGAGAUAUGUGAUAUGGCUGAUUUAGCUGUUCUGGCUGAAACCUAUAAUGAAGCGGUACACCUUUGGGUGUACCAAUAUGGCCAUUCUAUCCGGCAGGUGGAACUGGAAAUAGCAUCUAAGGUAAUCACUGUUCCGACGGAAACCGGAUAUGAUGCGUUACACUUUCGGGUGUACCAAGAUGAUGACUCUGUCCGGUUGGUGAAAUCGGAAGGGAUAUCACUGAUGAUGGAACCGGUGAUUUUUGCGCCAAUAUCUGAUUUUUUGCGCCAAAAUGGGAUACCGGCAACAUCAAGCACCUAGCACCUGAGGAAGACGCAGGCUGCAUUGAAAGGCCUUGCGCUAAGGCUGUGGACUUUUAUGGCACUAAGCAAAUUGGAAAGUAAGGUUUUUAUGUUUGUUGUAUAAAUAAAAUGUAAACUUUAUCUUAUAUUUGGUACUUCUCUUUAACUUUGUACUCCUGAUGAUUAAAGCUGCUAUCAAUAGACUCUGGUGGAACAUCCUGCAUAUCACACUCAAGCGUAUAUAUCUGAGCCAGUGUUAUAGACAGGCUCUAGAAAAUGUGAGUGUGAUACCUUUUAGUGCUUUGUUACCUCUUUAUUUAUUCAUUAUACCUGCUGUAUUACCCUAUGAGAUUGUGUAUUUUAUCUCAAUAGUGACCACCCUGGAAUCUCUAAAAGAGUAUAUUUAAAUUUUUAUAUGUUAAUAUAUAUCACCAUUUGUGGUACACUGUCACAAAAAUUAUUUUAGUGCGCUGCUCACCUUUCUUGUUCUGUGUGUUUAGGUUACUACAAUAGAUUACAGGGAAGUGUUAGACGGGUAAGGUAAAGUCACGUACAGUAUAACAGGUGAUGAGCGGUUGUGUACCUUAGAUAUAGAACAGUCAUUUUAGUGAUAAAGCCUGUGACGUUGUGUAAUUUACUACAUGUGCUGUUUGUUUAGUAUUUUCAGCAGAUCAAAAAUGCACAUAACUCAACAAUAAUGGAGUAUGGUAUCAACUGUUUUGUCAAUAGUUAAAGUUUGCUCUGAACAGGAUUUAAAAAUAAGGUUGGAUCUCACAUCCUCAUUUCCUCCACGUGCAGUCACUUUAGGCUUUUGUGAGUUUCAGUAGACAAAAAACACACAUUAUUCAUAGUGUGAAGCAAAACUAUAAAUUGCUGUAUCCCUCAAUUUGAGUGCAGCACCAAAAUAUAUAUAUUUAUUUAUUACUGGCAUUUAUAAAGUGCCAACAUAUUCCGCAGCGUUGUACAAUUGGGAGAACAAUACAAUAUAAACAGACCGAUACAAAAGGUAGAUGGCCCUGCCCGUGAGCUUAUAGGGAAAUGGGACAAGAGGUAGCAGAGGACAUUGAAGGUGAUGGCAGAGAGAAUUUAUAGUGUGACUGCAGUGAUUGAUAACAUGCGAAGGGAAUGAGGAGGUGAUUGACUGUGUUUGGAAACAGCUGGAGGAGUCAUGCUAUAUAAUUAGAAGGAACCAGGGUGGGUAGAGCAGAGUAGAAAUAAAGAUUCUUAGUUGCAGAGAUGGAAGUUAAAUUGGGCCUGAGGAAGAAGCAUGAACAGUUAUAUAAAGGAAUUUACUGUUAGGAGUGACAAGCAGAGGGAUGUUCAGGGGAGAGGAGUGGUGGUACGGACUAGCCAUUUGUUGCACAUAUUAAAAUAUUUACCAAUUAAAUCCAAUCAGCAAGAUUAUUAAUUACUACAGGUAACGGCAAGUACAAAUAUUACAGUGGUAAACUCUAAGUAAAAAUGGUAACAAUGUAAUAGUAAAUUUAUAUGUAGUAAAAAGGUGGAAGGAAUCUGGUGAGGUAUCUUCUGAAUCCCAGUCCAUACCUUAAAGCUACAGUGUUCAAAUGAAGAUUCUUAGUUGCAGGGAUGGAAGUUAAAUUGGGUGUUAAAGCUACAGUUAUCAAAUGAAGAUUCUUAGUUGCAGGGAAGAAAGUAAAAUUGUGCCUUAAAUUAUAUGUUCCAGUCUGCCCAAGAUUGAUGGGGGGUGUAGCAGAGAGCUAGUCCUAGCAGGGACUGUCCUCCGCUGGUAUUCCAAGAUGCGCUCAGGAACAAGUAGAAUAUUCCAAGGAAACAGACAAAUACAGGAAAACACCUUCCCAGCAACUGGACAACACUGAUUUUAAUGGAGCCACAGCCUGUUAUGAGAAUCCCCAUGCAAGGGGUUUCCAGAUACAUAUUCCAUGGGCAUUCCCCUCUGGACCUGAGAGUAGACUGAAGCAGAGUACACAAUAUUACAUUACCUCUCAGGUCCAGGACCUUUAACACCCCAAAAUAUACAUUUCCCCAUAAGGUACCCCCUCAUGUACAAUAUCCCCGGAUAACCUGGGUCUGUGAGCCCAAUAUAUCUGAAAAGCGCUAAGAUCCCAUGAACACAGCUGAAACGCCACCGGAGUAUAGUUUAAACCGACCGCACACGAGGCGCCUGCCCAAAAAGGUUCCAUGAUAAUAGGCUGUGUGGUCGGUCUCUUUAGGGAGUACAAAAUACUUAGAAUAUAAUAUAACAACUGUUCGUGUGUCUCUUCGUAUCAAUAUCUAGUUCGGGAGGUUGCUCCCCAUGAACACGCGCUCUAUUCGCAUGAAUUUCUACGAAUGGAACAGAAGGUGGAAGUCCCAGCGGUGUUUGUGCUGUCAAGUGGAUGAUUUUAGUUCCAUACACUCGACGACCAAACACUGCUGUCUCUGUUCGUAUUCCAAGAUGGCCACCACCACGUGUUCGCACAUAUGAAUAGCGGCCACCAAGCCGACUGCUUGGAAUGUUCAUGUAGUUGCGGUUUGUGGAGGUGUGAACGGGUUUAUUGAUGUUAAUGAGCUGCACACUCCACAUCUGGGUGGCCUGCCAUUUGGUAGUUUGUUCGAUUGUCGACCAGAACCGUGGGAGCAACUCAGGGGACCGGAAAUUAAUGAAAGGCCAGGUGAAACAGGGGAAAAGCAUGGGGUUUUAAUAAGAGGGAGAUUUGUCUCACACAGGGACUGCAAGUCCCAAACAUAGGGGACAACGGGGAGGGGGAAAACCGCCAUGGAAAGCCCAGAACAGUCAUAAGGGUACCGUCCCAAGGCCCAUUCUGCUACAGGGGGUUACAUACUCUGGUCAUAAAUUCUAUCCCUCAGCUCUAACUGUACUUUUUGGAAUGGUUUGGAAGAAAGGAAAAGAGAAAUUGUUGUAUGUCAGUAUAUCAUUAGCCCAUUAAAGGUACAUUAUAGCAUUAGGAAUACAAAUGUGCAUUUGUAACGCUAUAGUGCCCUGCACCCCCAUCCCCCCCACAUGAGGAUUCAAAGUACAUUUACCUUUUUUCCCAGGCCACGCUGCUCUUUCUACAGCUGGCCCCGCAUUUUUGGCUGAGAUUAUCAAGCUGCUUGAUCUCAUCCAAUCCAAUGCUUUUCCAUAGUGAAGCAUUGAGAGGUUAGUGCGUAUGUACGGCAAAACACUGCGCUGCACAGAUUAGAUUAGAUUGGUUUUACUCUGCUGUUUUACAGAAGCAUCUCUAGUGGCUGACACUAGAGGCAGGUUUAUUCGGCAAUAGAAACAUUGCCAUUCCUGCAGAACAGCAAUGUUUUCAACAGCAGGGUUAAAACAGGGGGCAUAUGGCACCCAGGCAUAUGGCACACUGUGUCUGAGUGUGUCUGUAAAUGUGUGUGUAAGUGUAUGUGUCUGUAAGGGUAUGUGUGUUUCACUGUGUGUAUGUGUGUGUGUGUCUGAGUAUGUGUGUGUGUCUGAGUCUAUGUGUGGGUGCCUGAGUGUAUGUGUGUGUGUAUGACUGUAAGUGUAUGUGUCUGUAAAUGUGUGUGGUGUCUGUGAGUGUGUGUGUCUGUGAGUGUAUGUGUGUAUAUGUCUGAGUGUGUGUAUAUGAGUGUAUGUGUCUCUACAUGUAUCUGUAUGUAUGUCUGUGUGUAUGUGUGUGUGUCUGUGUGUAUGUGUCUGCAUGUGUAUCUGUUUGUCUGUAUGUGUGGGGGGAUGGGGAUAUGUGGCUUAGGAGGUAGAUGUAUGGGGAGGCCCCAGGGCAAUUUUCGCACCGGGGCCCCGUGGUUUCUAGUUGGGGACUUAGUGUGGGUAGUUUGAUCUUGUUGAGAUACGCAUUUAUGUGAGUCUCCAGAGGCUCUGGGGUGUUCGGGUCAUUGUUCAAGUUAUCUAAGGCACUAAAGUACCUUGCAGACUUGCUGAUUUCUCUAGGUAUCAUUACUUUGGAACCAUUCCUGGCCAGGAGGUAGUCAAUUUUCCAGUUCGCCUGUAAAGUUUUUAAUCUAUUGACCAGUAGUUUGCUCGCCCUGUUGCCCUGCAUAUAGUAUUUAGCUCUGAGGCGGUGCAGCUGAAAUCCCACUGCGUCUAAAGCUUGUUGGUGUAAUUGCCUCAUAAUAGAGGUAAUUUGAGAGCAUAGCUCUGCAGAUGGGUGUAAUUGGUUCUGGAUAGUGAGGCAAUAUAGUUCUUGUUGUUGGGACGAGAGUUUAGCACUAAAGCAUUUUUUUUCAAUAGGAUGCCCUACGAAUCAAUAUGCCUCUAGCUACCGCUUUGUGUGCCACCCAUAUGGUCUGAGGGGACAUGUCUUGUGUAUCAUUGUCUGAGAAGUUAGGGAUUGUUUAAGUUCCUGAGUGAAAGUCUCAUCCUGCAGGAGUGAGAUAUUCAGCCUUCAGGGGCUGCGUUGUUUAUAUUCAUAAUGGUCUCUGAGUUCCAGCGUGACCGGCGCAUGGUGGUCCAACCACGUUAUGACCCCUAUGCUGCAGCGAACCACUUGGUUUAGGGCUGACCCCAACAUAAGGAAAUUGUCUAUAGGGGAGUAGGUGUUUUGCACCGAGGAGUAGAAUGUGUAUGAUUUCUCUGUUGCAUGAUAGAGCCUCCAUAUAUCAUAUACACGGUAUAAGGAAAGUAGUUUCUGUAUCGAUUUACAGUGCAGUGUAAUGGUCUGUAAUGUAAACCCCUUGGGGAAAAUGUUGUGUCCAGCUUUGCAUCCAGGACGUGGUUGAAAUCACCACAUACUAUAGGGAUAUAGGGACAAUAGGGAUCCCUUGUUGGAAUUUGGAUGGUUUAUGAAGGACCUGGUGCAGGAAGUUCAGUUGGUUCGUGUUGGGAGCAUAAAUGUUAGCGAUUGUGUAUAAGAUAUUGUUUAUCAUUCCCACUAUAAAGACAUAACGUCCCUGAUCAUCAAUGUCUUGGGUGUGGACUGUAAAUGACAGCCCUUUGUUGAUUAGUAUGGUUGCCGGUGAGGUGGCAUGGAAUUGGGGGAUAGUGUUUUUUGAUACCCCUCUUGAAAGUGCCGCCCUCGGGAUAGGUGCAGCACUGAUUACAUGAUAAAUGAGUAUAUAUCCAAGACUGGAGCACUACAGCAAUACCCAGAGAGCUUGGAAACAGCCAGACUGUCAGGGUCUUACCUGAGUUGGGAGUCUGUAGCGCAGAUAUGAUGCUCACCCUUGCAGAUAGCCACAGGCCGAGGUGGUCAGGUAAGAAUUCACCUGGCCUGUGGGUCUGUGCACGGGGGCUGUGCAGGAUGCAGUACCAAUACGCAGGACAGGCAAGGACUGAACCAGCAGGAUGGUCGAGGGAUAGCCGAGGUCAAAGGAUGCCAGAGGACAGGAACAACGAGGAGUAGCCGAAGUCAAGGGAUGCCAGAAGUCAGAAUAAACGAGUCAGGAAGCCGGGGUCAAUAAUGCGAAGCGAUGAAACAGAAACACUGGAACAAACAGGAUCAAGGACUUGACACUGAGCACAGGGCGAGGCUGGGUUUAUAUACCCUGCUGAUGACUGAUCAGAGUCAGGUGAAACACAGCCAAGUCAAGGUGCAGCCCCCAGAGUAGUAGCCAUGUCAGGAUGAACAGGAUUGGAAUCAGUCUUCACUGUAAAUAGCUGCUGUGGCUCAGAGGUAGAAAGCAGGACCAGGACUGAGAAGAUCCCCGGUUCAAGUCCCCUGUUGGGAACUCCAAGAGCGACCACGUCUUGCCGUCUGUCUAUCAGGUGAGAACCGUGACAGUACCCCCCCCUUUAAAAACGACCUCCGGGCGUGAAUGGGUUCAUUGUCAGCAUAGUACACCUCUCCAGGGUCACUAUCUGAAUCCAGUGAGUCCCCAUAGUCAAACUCCCCAGCAAGGAUUCCCUUUACAGCUUGGGAGUCCGCAGUACCAGCUUCUGGUACGGCUGGAGAAUUGUCCAGGUCUUUUAGGUUCCGGGUACAGGUGGCAAGCACUUCCAAAACUUUGGCAGGAGCAGUGUUCGCAGCUAACAAUGCUUUUUCGAACAUUUCAAGGUUUUCUUUACGGACUAUAGUGCCAUUAGAAGCAACGGCACAAUCCACAGGUAAAACCUCUUCGGGCGGGCAGGAAGUAGUGGUGGUAUCACAGGAAGCAACUUCGGGAGUAGAUGCAGGAGGCUCUGGAGCAGGGGAUGGAGGUUUUCUCGCGGAAGCCAAGCAUGUGCAAGCACAACGGCUUCUAUUUGGCUUUUUAGGCUGGUAUGCGGUGUACACAGGGCGAAGGAAACUAGUACCAAGUCGGAGAGCUGGAGGUCUAGGAGGGCGAACAGGACAAAGCGUGAUGAAGUGCCCUUUUUCUCCACAGUAAUAACAUAGGCCAUAGCUUCUCCUUCGGUCUUUUUCCUUAGGUGUCACUUUGCAGUGGACGAGUCCUAAUUGCAUAGGUUCCACAGGGUCAAGUGGAACACCGGAUACCUCUGGAGUUUUCCUGGGAGCUGGAACAUAAGGAGGCAUUUCUGGGGCGUAGUGGUGGUACUCGGUUUCUAGGUUAGGAAGAGUCUGAGAUUUUUUAGUACGUGGAGCUGACUUGGCCACAGUGGUCUUACAUUGUGAGUCCAUAGCAGUACUAAAGGAUUCCCAGCUGACCAGGACAGGACUCUUCGUCUGCAACAUUUGGUGAGCCCAAACUUUGAUGCGUCCAGACAACAGGUUGAUAGCCGCUCUGACCCUGAUGAAUUCUGUGGCAUAUGUUCGAGGCUUUAAAGAAAACAACACCUCACAAUCCAUCUUGAAAGACUGAAAGGAUGUGCGGCUACCAUCAAAUCGGUCGGGCAUGAUGACAAACGGUUCAGGAAAAGCUGGUUCCGGGGCUGGAUGUACUGCGCCUUUAAGGAAUAAAAUUUCUUGCUGCAGCUCCGAAACAGUCUGGGCCAGGCUGGACACACGCUGGGUCGAGGGUGAGCACAUCUCUGCGGACUCCAUAAUGGUCAAGUCCUUAUGUCAGGGUCUUACCUGAGUUGGGAGUCUGUAGCGCAGAUAUGAUGCUCACCCUUGCAGAUAGCCACAGGCCGAGGUGGUCAGGUAAGAAUUCACCUGGCCUGUGGGUCUGUGCACGGGGGCUGUGCAGGAUGCAGUACCAAUACGCAGGACAGGCAAGGACUGAACCAGCAGGAUGGUCGAGGGAUAGCCGAGGUCAAAGGAUGCCAGAGGACAGGAACAACGAGGAGUAGCCGAAGUCAAGGGAUGCCAGAAGUCAGAAUAAACGAGUCAGGAAGCCGGGGUCAAUAAUGCGAAGCGAUGAAACAGGAACACUGGAACAAACAGGAUCAAGGACUUGACACUGAGCACAGGGCGAGGCUGGGUUUAUAUACCCUGCUGAUGACUGAUCAGAGUCAGGUGAAACACAGCCAAGUCAAGGUGCAGCCCCCAGAGUAGUAGCCAUGUCAGGAUGAACAGGAUUGGAAUCAGUCUUCGCUGUAAAUAGCUGCUGUGGCUCAGAGGUAGAAAGCAGGACCAGGACUGAGAAGAUCCCCGGUUCAAGUCCCCUGUUGGGAACUCCAAGAGCGACCACGUCUUGCCGUCUGUCUAUCAGGUGAGAACCGUGACACAGACCUACAUAUAGUUUAAACAUAUUUUACUUCAUAUUUCAAUUUAAACAUGGGUCUAUUGUUUUUGUUCAGAAGACAAAUCUUCUUAUAGGAACACUAUAAUGAUAGGAAUUCAAACCUGUUUUCAUAAUGCUUUAGUGUUCCUGUCCUAGUUAUUGAGCCCCUCCUCACCUUUUUAUCAAUACAUUUUCUUAAAAUAAAGCUUUUUACAUCCCAUAGGAAAGCAUUCAAUCAGUCUUAUUUCAGAGGUGGAUUUAACCCUGCCUUUUAAAUGUUGUAGUUUCUAAAAAUCUGACAAUAAAACAUUACAAACACAAAAGGACAAGACCACUGCACCCUGGUCACUUUAUUGAAAUUAAGUGGCCUGUGUGACUUUAGUGGCUCUUUAAAUUUAGAAUUUUUUAUAUUAAUAAAAACAUGUAUUGCUUGAAGGCAAAUUUUCAUUUCCUAGAACAAGGGUGGGCAACCUACGGCACUAGUGCCAUGCACGGCACUCAAGGUGUCUUUGCACGGCACUCCAGGCUGCUAGAGCCAAACAGGCUCUGGCCUAUCAGGAGUCCCAGUAAAACUUCAGAUAUCUGCUAAUACGAAAAGGUGGUGAAGGACAAUCCUCAAUUUAUGCAUUGCAGCACGUAGAGGAAGUGAUCUCGGAUCUGUAGUAGAGCAUCCCACAGCUGUUGUUGCAGCUCCUGUCCUUGACCUGCACCAGGCCAGCCUGGUCCCGACUGGAACCCAGGGAAGCCACCUACACUGCUAGAUAUACACAGAAAUGCAGAAUAACCCUCCCCUCAUACAAAUAAUACGACAGCCCACAAACAAACAUACACACAAUCCGCACAAACGUAACCCGCUAACAAUCCACAUACAUGCUGCACACAACCCCACAUGCAGCCUCUCACAUGCAAUACACCAAACAGCCCCCACACACUACCAAACACAUAAUGUGACUUAUCCAUCCACACACAAUUCCACAAGCAACCCCCAUACACAGCCCACAUUCAUACGUAUCAUACACGAUACCAUAAACUACUAAUGAACAUAUAGAAUAUAAUAGCUCCUAUACACACAAAUACAAUGAUACAAAGCAAUUACAGUAUAAAUAACACAAGCAGAAUACGGCAGCAUACACACCUUAAUUUAAAAAAAAUAGGACCGGCACGCUACGGGACAUCACAAUCCUAAAUCGGCACAGUGCUGCUAAAAGGUUGCCUACCACUGUCCUAGAAUAUACUGUUUACUUUUGCCUUAUACGUUAUGCGUUUGGGAGAUAUUCAAAAUAAAAUUAACAAGGUAAUUCACGAAAGUGUGAAUUCAAAGUGAAUUUUAAAAUUUAAGGUCAAACGUGUUAUACUGGUAGCAUAGCUGAGUUAGAGAAUAUUUCCAGUUUGACUGUUUUGACAUUAAAUUUUAAAUUCUUUUUGAACUCUGAUAAUGUAGAAACUUACACUGCUUUAUUUAGUAUUAUCCUGGUACAGAGUGGGUCCAUCUUGGUUCUAUGCCAAAUAAGUGGAGGAGGAAAGACAGAAAUAAUUCUUUAUAAUUAUCUGUAUAUUUAUUUCUGUUUUCUGUAGAUAUAACCCCAGAGGAAGCUCUACGGUCAGGAAUACACACGUUGCUGCAGCCAGUUCUCCGUGUCUACUUUGUUGGUAGGAAAUCGUCUAAUUAUUCUGAUUCAUUUCAAAUGGUUUAAAGGGCCAGAGCUUGAGCAAUGAGCAACCCUGGUCUUACAGGUUUAGGGUUUUAUAUUUAAAGAUUAUUAUUUUAUCUAAUAUUCAAAGACCUAUGCAGAGGGGAAAUAAAUACUAAAUAUUGUGCCAAAACUAGAACAAGACAUGAAGACAGCCCUCAUCAAUCAAACUCAGGGUCUAAGGAAGUAGAGAAUAAUAUCACAAAGUAAACAGUGUUUACAUAGAUAAAUUAGAAAUGGAAGAUAUAGAAUGCAAAGAUAAUUUGAAGGUUAGACCAGACUUUGGGAGGACACUUGGUGCAAAGUGAGACAAUGUGUCUGCAAUAUAAGAGUAAUUCAAAGUUUAGAUAAUUAGCUAAAAUAAAGGAGAAUUCAUGGAUUUCUUACAAAAUGUAGACAUAGCCUGAUUGGAUCAGGUUGAUUGUUCUCUAUACAAAAUGAUUACAAAUCAGAACAAAUUAACACAUCACACCAGGAUCAUGCAAGGCUAGCAAUGCAAGGGUACAGGUCUCUUUCCCAGAAGUAGGCCAAAAUGUAUGGAACAAAGAGAAUAAUCCAAGCAUACCUUAUGUGUAAAAGGACAAUCUUUAUUCAUUGGAUGUUCUAGUGAAACAGACAAUGCUUACAUUCCCAAUAAAAUACAUAUAAUGCAUACAGUAUCAAACCUGUAAUACAAGAUGCAUCGUGAAGUGUUACCUCAACAACAAUGUUAAUAGCUAGAGAUUUCCUGAGAAGGAUACUAAUUGAAACCCUAGGGAUACAGGUUUUUAGCCCAUGUAUAUAUAUACUUCUAACAAUAAUUCUAAUAAUUUAUGUUUUUUCUUGCUCCAGGUUAUUUAAACGUCAACACCUUAAUGUACGUUUGGGACCAGUAUAUUAUUGGCCUUGAUCAGCCAGCUUAUAACUGCCUGCCCGCCAUGAGCUUUGCAUUACUUAUUUUACUGCGUGAUCAUAUAAAUGGCUGCAGCUCGGUAAGUACAACAUAUGACUGGUAAUUAAACGUCAGUACAUAAACCAAAUAUUUCUCUUAUCUGUAAACAUUGUGACUCAAAGCAACUCGUGAAAAGAUUUUGUCUGAGAGACCACCGGUAGAUUUCACCAAGUAAAACCAGUGAAGACUAGGGGUGCAUUUAGUUUUCUGUGAGGCAUAACAUCCAACAGAGUGGACGUGACAAGAUCUCAACACAUAUAUUGCACUAUAUGUUUAUUGUGGAACUGUUACAUCUGAUUCCCGCGCCUCCAUAUAAAUACUACUGAGAUGCUUUGUGAUGGGCAGUGCAGUGAAGUAAACAAAAACACAAUUCUACUGAACUUCCGUUCAUGUGUGAUCAAUAACAUAACCAAUAACUAUUGUUUCUCUCAACUGUGCAUGAAUCUCAGAAGCAUUUGGUUUUGCAUAUUAGCUUUGAAGUACUGCAUUAUGCAACUCUGCAGUCCAUCUGUCUACAGUGACAGUCACCAGGCAGUCACCAAGAGUUCUCUGAGUUCUCUGAAAUUAAUGAUCUUUGGCAGUAGGAUCUAUAAUACAGUAUAAAGGAAUUGUGCGUUUGAAAGUGGAUAUAAUGAAUAAAUGUGGCAUUGAAGGUUGAGAGGUAAUUUGUUAAAAGCAAGAAGGACCAGGGGGAAAUGUUAGGCUGAAAGGAAGCUGAGAGGCAUGGGGUAUGAAAGAGAAAGUAGGACAGACGUAAUACUGGGCUGACACCGGGGAAAAGAGAUGUGGAUCAUGCAUAAAGACGCUGUAGAGAUGUCACUGUGAAAGCUAAAAGACUAUGAGGAACGAGAAGUGGAAACUCAGAGGAACAAUGGUGCUCACAAACAUAAGAGAAGGAUGAUAAAUAUAAGAAUCUCAAGAGAUCAGUGCAGAAAAACAUGCAGGAUUAUUCACCAAAAUCCAGGUUUUGUAUUCUGAAUGAUGCCAUACAGUACCAGCUGGUUUUGCCCCAUUCAAUGUGGGGCCAUUCAGGAUGCAAUAUUAGGAUAUUGUUCAUUCCAUUUAACAAUGUCUGGCUUUUGCAGACAAGGCUCCGAAUGACCCUGAAGAUGAUCUGGAUUUCAAUUUGCCAAACAGUGCCAGAUGUCUGAAAUCCAGACCUGGAUUGUUAAAAUCUGAGCCAGGAUGCUUCAAAUUGGGCCUGGAUUUUUAAAAUCCUAAUUAUCUGUCUACUGGCAGCACAAGCAGCAAAUAUUGUUUACUUAGUCUUUGUGAAUAUGCAUCCUGCAGGAUGCAUUUGGUCCUGACUUAAUUUAAAAUCGAUACUUUGUGAAUAUUCUGACUCCUAUACAUUGUUCCAUUUUCACUGGAUUUUACCAAUUGGACAAAAUCUGUUGAAUUACCCUGAUGAAGUAGGACUGACUAUCCAAAUCUACACUGAUCAGUAAUGUACUAUCAUGCUGGAGCUCUGUGCUAGCAUCUGGGUAAAACUAGUAACAGAUCAUGAUCCACAUUAUGUGGAACAGUUACUUCAUACACAUUAAAUGUUGGAAGACAUUAAAGGGACACUAUAGUCACCCAGACAACUUCAGCUCAAUGAAGUCCCUCAGGUUUUAACCCUUCAGAUGCAAACACAGCAGUUUCAGAGAAACUGCUAUGUUUACAUUUGGGGUUAAGCCAGCCUCUAGUGGCUGUCUUCCGGACAGCCACUAGAGGCGCAUCUGCGACGUUGGAGGCGAAUUUCACCUCCAUCGGGCAGAGCGUCCAUAGGAAAGCAUUGAAAAAUGCUUUCCUGUGGACACUUUGAAUGCGCGCACAGCACUUGCCGCACAUGCGCAUUCAGCUCCGCUGACGUCGGCAGAGGGAGCUGACAUCGGCGGGGGAGGAGAGGUCACCAGCGCCGAGGGAGCCUGGCGCUGGAUUAAAGUAAGUAACUGAAGGGGUUUUAACCUCUUCAGCGCCAUGGGAGGGGAACCCUGAGAGCACUAUAGUGUCACACUCAGGGCACUAUAGUGUCAGGAAAACAGCUUUGUUUUCCUGACACCAUAGUGAUCCUUUAACACAUUCUGUCAGUAUCCAUCUUAUUUACUGCUACAAGUUCUCAAAACAAUUAAUAUUUAAAUCUUCUUUAAUACAGCUCCAUGAAAUGGAAUCAGUUCUGAAAACACGAGGCCCCGCGUUAUCUGUCCAAGAGUUUCAGAUGAUAAUAAAUAAACAUUUUUAUACUGAGCUAUUUGGCCUACUAAACAAAGGCGAAAACAAUCUGUACCCAGUGUAUGAUCCAACUCAAGGUCAGUCAUUGUGCAUUAUUCUUUGUUAAGGAGUAAUCUUCUAAAUUGAUUUUUCUAGACAUAUUGCUUUUAUCUAUAAAACAUGAAAUUAUGGAAAAGUUUAAGAAAAUGUGUGCUAUGUAUUUGAACAUAGAAAUAUGUGAAACAUUAAAAGAAAACAGUACAAUUCUACAAGAGAUGUGGUUCAGUUAUCUACCCCAAUAAUAUCUAAUCCACUGUAUCAAAAAUUUCAAUGGGGGAAUUUAAAAAAAAAUGAAAGUUUAGUGAUGCAUUGUGUCCUUCAGUGAAGAAUUGUUCUUUUACAAUGUUGCAUAUCUUUAUGUAUUAUUGUAUAAUACAUCCUCACUCCUUUCAAUAAAUUACCAGGUGUUCUUACAUUACUUGAGGCUUGACAUGUCACUAAAUUGCAGGAUAGUGUCAUAUUCGAACAUGAACAGUCUUGAUAUGCCUUAAUUUAGGGAUCUAUGGUGGAUUCAUCCAUAAAUUAGACUGACAAGAAGCACACAUAAAUAAACAAAUAAAUGUUGACCUAUGAAAAUUACAAUUGAACAAGUCUGCUUGUCAGGGCAUUUAUACAGAUAAAUAAAAUCUUGCUCUUAAAAUCAAUAAUCAAAAAAUACACAAUUUAGGUAUAUGCAUGUAUUGCCUAUGAUGGGUUCCCCUUAAGUCAAUACAAACUAUGGUCCUAUAGUUAAUCAUUUAUUUUCAGCCAUCCCACAAUGGAGUCAUCGUUCAAGAGUUACCAUCCCACCAAGAACCAGACCCCAGGAUAGACGAAAAGCAAGGUAAAUGCAUUUUUCUCCAUAGUGAACUCUUUUUAAAAUAAAACUUGGUAGAAAGUAAUGUUUAUAACAUUGUAAAGGGAGACUGUGCAAGUUAGGGGUGCACAAGGCAAACCUUAAGGGAAUAAUUAUUUCAUAAAACACCGGGAUACUGUGAAGUUGUAUUAUGCAUCCAAUACUGAUAAAUAAUAUAGUGUCAGAGACAAAUAUUUUUAUAGCACAAUUUUAUUUCAUCAAAAGCAUUAAUACCAUCCUGUCCCAGCAUAAAAAAAUAAUACUGAGAUCUUUAGCAUUGGGAGGAAAGAACCAGAUGCCCUUGACAACAACAGAUCAUUAUUACAUCUUCAAAACAGUUGUCUUUAAUGACUAUUGGAACUGUUAGGCCAACAGUCUUCCAGGAAACUUGGAACAAAACUACAACGUUUUGUAUGUACUCAUGGAAUGAGUAGAACAGCAUACUGAGACAAUAUAUUCAUAGGUGUUCUCACCUGCUCAGUUGUUUAAGUAAUUGUUCAAUAGUUUUCCAAUACUCCAGGAGUAUAUAAUCCAAGGUCCACAGAUUUGCACCACAAUAGGUACCAAGCAGAUGCCAAAGUCCAAACGCUUAGAAAUGUAGGCUCUCCUUCUUUAUUUAUACAUUACCCUGAUCUCAUCCUCCGUGCCUUACAUAUUCGUAGACACCAAUGAAUGGUGUAGCCACAGUGUCACACUUUUUUGAUACAUUGUUUCUAUGCCGUGGAAGGAUUUUUCUAAGUAUAACAAAAGUAGGAGUUUUUAUCCUUGAAAAGUCUACAUUUCUAUGCAUUUGUAUUUUAGAACAACAUGUUCUCUCCAUUGUUAUCAUGCUAAUGAACAAGUUAUCUGGCUGUUAUGUUGACUAUAAGGCUGACCCGUAAUUGGUAUCUGUGCUAUUGGAGGUCUUUGAUUACCAGUUAUGUUUCUGUUCCAUUAUAUAAAACAUAACGCUUAAUGACUGGGAAUGAGCCACUGCUGCAGGUUUUAACAUUUCCCAUAAAGAUUAACAUUAGGAAAGCCUGCUUUCAAUGCUAGACAGUAAAAAUGAACACCUUUUAUUAUGUAACUUAAAAUUACACCUGCCUUAUGUGGGUCUAAAGAAGGAAAGACAGGUUAAUGACUGCAUAUCUUGAUGUCUGCUAUACUUUAAAAAGCAGUUAUUCUAUAUUUAAGUAGUGCUCAGGAUAAGCUUCCUUAAUCCACCUUUAUCUUCAUGUGUGUGUGUAUAUAUGUGUAUAUAUAUAUAUAUAUAUAUAUAUAUAUAUAAAUUGCACAAUGGCAAUUGCUAAGUGGUGGUUGGGAUCCGUGGAUGAGGACAUGAGUAGUGUGUAGUAUUGACCAUGAAAACUUCCAUAGUUUUUAACCACAAAUGUAAAUAUUAUGUUUUGAAUCUUUUAACAAAUGUGAUUGUACAGGGAGGAAAGAGAACUACUUAAGAGAGAAACUGCUGAAAGGCAACAAAGAGAAGAGCAGAUGAGACUUAUUCAAGAAGAUUUGCAGAAAAGGUGAGAUAUUUGAUAAUAUGAAAAUCCAACAGCAAUGCACCAACAAUGUAUUCACCACUCAAAGUGAGACAGUUCUUUUAUUGUGCUAAAUGUAAAUUACAUGACAUGUACGAGACAUGAACACAUCCUUAACCAGUGCACAGGGCCGGUGCUUGGAUUUUUAGGUACAUAGGCGAAGAUGCAUUUUUCCGCCCCCCCCCCCUCCAAAAUCUUCACCUAUGUGCCUCUUAACCAGCCCCUCUCCCCUCCCCGACCAUUAGUGGUCCCUUCCGUUCCCUGUCCCUUAGUGUUCUUCUCCCCUCCCCCCUUUCCCCCUCCCCCCUUUUUUCCCUGUCUCUUGGUGUUUCUCUCCCAUUCCCUCCCUGUCCCUUGGUGCACCCCCCACCCCUUUAGUGGUCACACUUCCUGGUGUGUGCCUCCUACCUCUAUUAUUGCAUUGCCGAGCGGAGCAGAUCCCCUAAAGGAACUUCAGUUUUCUGUACCCGGACGGACUGACAGGGAGUGCUCUCUCUGUGAGCACCUCCUGUCAGUCUGGCCAGGUACAGGAAACAGAAGCUCCUGUACCGCGCUCUGCUCCACUACACUCUGUACACACUGACAGUCACACACUCAAUGACAAACACACAGACGUCACUGACAGACACAGACUCAUUUAUCUGACACACACUCAUUCAUUGACACUGACAGACCCACACUGAUUGACACUCAUUGACAGACACACUGAUAGUCACACACAGACUCAAUGACAAACAUACUCUCACUGAUUUGACAGACACACACUCAUACACUGACAAACACACUCAUCAUACACUGACAGACACACUCAUACACUCACAUGCACACACACUCAUACAAUCACUCACAGACACACAGACAGUCACUCACUCACAAACGCACACAGUCACUCACAGACACACACCGAAGCACACAGUCACUCACAGACACACACACACACACACUGUCACUCACAGACACACGCUCAGUCACUCAGACACACACACUCAUACAAUCACUCACUCACACACACUCAGUCACUCAGACACACAUGCUGUCACUCACAGACACACAUGCUGUCACUCACAGACACACAUGCUGUCACUCACAGACACACUGUCACUCACAGACACACACAGUCACUCACAGACACACGCUCAGUCACUUAGACACACACACUCAUACAAUCACUCACACACACACUGUCACUCACAGACACACGCUCAGUCACUCAGACACACACAUGCACACACACUCAUACAAUCACACACUGUCACUCACAGACACACACGCUGUCACUCACAGACACACACGCUGUCACUCACAGACACACACAGAGACGCACACAGUCAUUCAUGGACACACACACUGUCACUCACAGACACACACACUGUCACUCACAGACACACACAGAGACGCACACAGUCAUUCAUGGACACACACACUGUCACUCACAGACACACACAGACACACGCUCAGUCACUCACAGACACACACAUGCACACACACUCAUACAAUCACACACUGUCACUCACAGACACACACGCUGUCACUCACAGACACACACGCUGUCACUCACAGACACACACAGAGACGCACACAGUCAUUCAUGGACACACACACUGUCACUCACAGACACACACGCUGUCACUCACAGACACACACAGAGACGCACACAGUCAUUCAUGGACACACACACUGUCACUCACAGACACACACAGACACGCUCAGUCACUCACAGACACACACACUGUCACUCACAGACACACGCUCAGUCACUCACAGACACACACACACUGUCACUCACAGACACACACACACACAGACAAACACACUGUCACUCACAGACACACACACACAGACACACACACUGUCACUCACAGACACACACACACAGACACACACAGACACACACACACAGACACACACACUGUCACUCACAGACACACACAGACAAACACACUGUCACUCACAGACACACACAGACAAACACACUGUCACUCACAGACACACACACACACACAGACAAACACACUGUCACUCACAGACACACAUCACAUACAUUCACUAAUAAUUUUAUAAAUAAACAUUUUCCACCCAGCCUCCCUACCUGGAGAGCUGGUGUGGAUGCUGGAUCGGUCCCUGAGGGCUGGGGCUGCUGAGAGGCGCGCGGCAGUGCUGUAAUCAGACGCGCGGCAGUGCUGUGAUCAGGCGCGCGAGGGAGCUCUAAUCUCCAUCCUCUGCUCCCUCGCGGGCUGCCUGAUGACGUCAUAUUCCGGCUCCGGCGGCAUCAGUAGGCAGCGCGCGAGGGAGCAGAGGGUGGAGAUUAGAGCUCCCUCGCGCGCCUGAUCACAGCACUGCCGCGCGCUGCGCCGGGGGUCGAGAUGGUGGCCUGGCAGGAGAGAGAGCUUCCCUCCUGCCGGUCACUGAAAUAUUGCGCCCCCAGAGCCCGUGCGCCCUAAGGCGGCCGCCUGUGCCGCCUUAUGGACGCGCCGGCCCUGCCAGUGCAUAAAGUGCUGCACACAAGUAAGUUUAAGUAGGAGCUCUGUGGAGGGGGGUGCGCAGCGCACCAAGAACAACAAGAAGUAGAAUUCCACAGGCGUCACAAAGGUGAAGGCAAAAAAGUAUUUAUUGGAGAACAAAAAGGACAAAAAAAAGAUACAACAUUUCGGCCUAGAGGCCUUGGUCAUGAUCAAUAAACUAAAACUGUUUCAUUGAGUUGUUUUGAUGGCUAUAGUAUUCCUUUAAAAAUACAUUUACAUAGUUCACACAUAACACCAGAAGUAGUUUGAUCUUUUUUUUGUAACACAUAAUUAAAAUGUUUCAGAAUGAUACAGAAGAACUUUAUAUCACAUUUAUACCGUAUUUGGGGAUGGCAGUUAUAUAAGACAUGGCAAGUCCAUCCUUAAAAGUAUCACCAUAUUGCCUUCCCUAUUUUUUAACAGAUUAUAUAGAUAAUGCUUUAAAAAUAUAAAAAACAUUUUUCUAAAAGAAUACAUUUAAAAAUUCUUCAAAGUUCCUAAUGUAUAUAUUUAAAGGCAAAUAAUGCAGCUCAGAGAUCCUCCAAGUCCAGAGAGAGAGAGUCCAUCAGUCGGGAGCCUCUCAUUCUAUACUUACCUCACAACCCCAGUGUAGAAGGAUUCUUGGAAUCGGCAGUUCAGCUCCGAGCCACAGUUCCACUCAUUAAUAAGAGGAAUGCAACUCCUUAGUAAAUUUUAGGAGAUAUUUCACAGUUACUAUAAUUCUAUCCAGGGUCCGUCUUACAGUUCUUUAACCAGAAUCUCAAGCAGUUGAACGACCAUGCGUACAACCACAACUCGAGAUUCAUUAACUGGAGAAAGAAAAAUAGAGAUUCUAUUCCAAGCAAUGCAUGUGCCAUGCACAUAUUACAGACAGGGAAUAGGUACAUCAUUUGAACCCUAUACAAUACAUAAUAAAUAUAAGUGCCAAUAGUAACACAUUUUAGAAAUCAUAAUUUUUCCUUCUCUGAGAAGAAAAGUCAUACCUAUGUUUUGUUAGUUGCCUGUGUCUCUUAUCCAAGCAUGUAUAUUUCUUGCCAUUUAACAAUGAACUCUUUCAAUUAGGAAUUGAUCUCAGUAUUUAAUGUGAUCCAAUUUUUUAUUAUUUUGACAUAAUCAAGAUAAAACAUUUACAAUACUGUUUAAUAAGAAAAAAUAUGUAUUGAUAAAAAGCUGGCGGUAGUGUGCGUCUGGAAGUAAUAAAUUAAAAAUGUGUUGAAAAUGUUUAUAUCAGUAAGAGUGAUGUCUGGUUUAAUAAAUACAACUGCUAUUUGCCUACUUAUAUUAUCUGACACUGCUACCAUCAAUAUGACUGUGGUAUGCUGCAGAAUACCUAUACAGUGGAAUUAUUCCACUUAAAGGACCACUAUAGUGCCAGGAAAACAUACUCGUUUUCCUGGCACUAUAGUGUCCUGAGGGUGCCCCCACCCUCAGGGACCCCCUCCCGCCCGGCUCUGGAAAGGGGAAAGGGGUAAGACUUACCUUUUUCCAGCGCUGGGCGGAGAGCUCUCCUCCUUCUCUCCUCCUCCGAUCCUCCACGCCGGCUGAAUGCGCACGCGCGGCAAGAGAUGCGCGCGCAUUCAGCCGGUCGCAUAGGAAAGCAUUUACAAUGCUUUCCUAUGGACGCUGGCGUGCUCUCACUGUGAAAAUCACAGUGAGAAGCACGCAAGCGCCUCUAUUGGCUGUCAAUGAGACAGCCACUAGAGGAUUACGGGGAAGGCUUAACCCAUUAAUAAACAUAGCAGUUUCUAUGAAACAAUUUUUUAAGGGGCCCCAAGAGUUCUGAUGGCAGCCCUGGGUGUAGCAUUUUGUUUGUGCAAUCAUGUAUGUCAUUCGUUAUCUUUGUGUCUGUCUGGUAGUUUGUAUUAAUAUAUUUGUGCCUGUGAGUGUGCAUGUAGUAUCUGUAUGUAGAAGUGUGUGUAAGGGGGCCCAGACAUUUGGGUUAUGAGCUCCAUUUGACCACAUCUAUAUUCUUCCUCAAAAUAUCAAGACCUGUUAUAAAGCUGUUAUUUGUAAUGUGCCAUUUAAAAUCAUUUCUCUAAAAUACUAGAACAAAUAACAGUUCCCUUUAAGCUUAUAAUUCUAUCUCCCCCCCCUUAAGUUUCUUUUCAUUUUGUACUAUAAUUCAGGCAAGAAGAAGACAGAUUAAAUAUGCUUCUUGAAGACACAAAUAGAAGACACGAAAUAGAAAAAUCUCAUCUUGAAAAUCAAGUGAAGCAGGUAUGACCCUCUGUUAGCUGGGAGGGAGUGACCUGACCUUACUUCCUACCAGCAUUGUCAAUCUGACAGGUGCCCGGUCGUGCUGUUAAAGGUCCAUGGCGCCUGACAGGGCCCAUGAUCAGAACUACCCAUCAAGUGUCCCUAGCUGCGAUGCACACCCAAUGGGCACCUCAGGCUUGCAGUAGCUCUGCCAUUGUGUGUAUAUAUAGAGAGAUAUGUAUAGCGAAUUGUUUUUUUUUUUUUUAAAUUUUUAUUUUAUUUUUUUAUUAUACAAUCACAGUACUGAUGUACAUAUUAAAAUGUUUCCAUCAGUACAUGGUAACAAAAUGAGUCUAUAUUAUGGCAACAUUUCAAAAUAACAUACUACAGUAGCCACUGAAAGAGAGUUGGAAAUGACAAAAAAAUGUAGGAGGAUCGUUUACAUUGUAAAAAUGGAGUAAAAGAAUAUGUAGAGAAUCAAAGUGUGUCAGGAGCCAGGGAUGUUGCCAGGGAUGACUCUAUCCCCAUAUACUGACCAAAUCACUCUUAACACGAGCCAUUUAUCACACCCGAAGAUUAACUUUAAACAUGUUCUAUAAAUCAGAUUAGGACACCAAAUCAUUAAAGGGAAACUAUAGAGCCCCCCCCCCUUCAUUGCAGCCAUUUCCCCUCCCCCCGUCCCCAUGGUGCAGAAGUGGUUAAAAACCUCUUCUGUCACUUACCAGAUGUCAGCCGGCUGAGCCGUACUCAAAUUAGGACUGCCCUCAUAGGAAAGCAUUAUACAAUGUUUUCCUAUAGGGUUUCAGGUGACGCUUGAUGUCCUCAUGCACAGUGUGAGAACUUCCAUCGUCAGGUAGGCAACCAAAAGUUAAAAAGUCAAUUAGCUGAAGUGGUCUGGGUACCUAAAGUGUCCCAUUAAAUAAAAUCUUAGUAUUAUAUAAAAGUAGAUGAUUGUGGAAAAAGCCCUGAUAACUCUUCCCUACUGGGGAAUAACCCACAAAUUGUAAAAUAGAAAAAAUAGUGUGGAACCAAAGGUCCCUAAGUGGAAGAGUUAUAAAUAAAAGGGAAGUCCCUACCUUUAAUAAUCCUAAGGGUGUAGGCAAUUAAAAUAGACAGGGAGGAAAGAUAUGGCAAGGGAAUAGAUGUGUGAAAACACAUACAGGUCCAAACAACUACUUGCAGAGAAAUAGCCCAAUUCUAAUAAAGUUGGGUCAAAAAAGCUCCAAACUGUAAGGUUGUAAACAGAUAGGUAAUUAGAGGAAUAACAGAGGAAGGAAAAAGGGGAAAGGGGAAUGGGGAGGAACACUUCCUAACUGAAUACCUCGGCACAGUGAGAAUCACAAGUGCCUACCUAUUACCCUUCUGCCUACCUGACUAAAGUAGCUAAAAAUCGAAUGAAUUAAACUAAUCCAUAAGUGCUACCCAAGUGAACAAACUGUAAAGAAAAUAAAUAAAUAAAUAAAAACUCGACGCGCGUUUCAGCGUUCUAACACGCCGUCGUCAGGAGUAGUAAGCCUCUGCAUAACUUUGUGCUCGUUUAUAUGGGGAUUGUAGCAAUCAACUUGAAACAGUUCACCUGUUGUGUGUCCACGCCCCGCCGUCUUGUCGGCCCAUUGAUUGGUCAAGAAAAUGCCGUAUUUGGAUUGGGCCAUGUGACUGGGGGGUGUUGCGGUUGAUUGGGUGAUACCCACGUGGGUGCAACCGGCUGCAUAUGGGGGGAGUGGCUUAGUGGUGUCAACUGGUGACACGGCUGUCAGUCUUAGUGAGACCUCCCAUGUACCGUGCGGUCUGAUUUAAGCAUUCACAAUCCCAUAACGGGAGAAUAAUGCCGCAUAGACAGGGAGUCACAAAGUGACACAGCCUCCCAAACUUAAUGUGUCGAAACUGAUAACCAAUCUCACAGCAUCAUGGCAAUACCAUAAUUAGGAUGUUGUUAAAAAGAUUUUAAACAAUGCACCCAUUAUUAAAGGAAUAUUACACAGGCCAUGAUCAAAUCGUCGAGUUUUUAUUUAUUUAUUUAUUUUCUUUACAGUUUGUUCACUUGGGUAGCACUUAUGGAUUAGUUUAAUUAAUUCGAUUUUUAGCUACUUUAGUCAGGUAGGCAGAAGGGUAAUAGGUAGGCACUUGUGAUUCUCACUGUGCCGAGGUAUUCAGUUAGGAAGUGUUCCUCCCCAUUCCCCUUUCCCCUUUUUCCUUCCUCUGUUAUUCCUCUAAUUACCUAUCUGUUUACAACCUUACAGUUUGGAGCUUUUUUGACCCAACUUUAUUAGAAUUGGGCUAUUUCUCUCAAGUAGUUGUUUGGACCUGUAUGUGUUUUCACACAUCUAUUCCCUUGCCCUAUCUUUCCUCCCUGUCUAUUUUAAUUGCCUACACCCUUAGGAUUAUUAAAGGUAGGGACUUCCCUUUUAUUUAUAACUCUUCCACUUAGGGACCUUUGGUUCCACACUAUUUUUUCUAUUUUACAAUUUGUGGGUUAUUCCCCAGUAGGGAAGAGUUAUCAGGGCUUUUUCCACAAUCAUCUACUUUUAUCUAUAUAGGUGUUAUGCACCACUUCUAGCCCUACACAUCUUUUCCAUAGAGAGCAUUUUUUAGCUUAAUUAAUCAUUUAGCCCCAUUUAAGAUUAUGGCGGGAUUCCUCACAAAUAAAGUAGAUCAUAAACAAUGGUGCUCAGACGCUGAUGCCAUUUUUUCUACUAAUUCUCCACCUAAAACGCUCCCUCCAGUAGACAUACAAAGUGGCUUUAAUAAAUUAACAAAGGUUUUUAAACAGCAAAUUAAAACAAGCUGGGAAAUCUCUACCCUAGAGACAUAUAUUGCCAAAAAGAUCAUACCUAGAGGAUUGAGGGUCCUUGUCCCACCAUCUAGGAAUAUCGAAAUAGAAGGCUUUAACCAAGAAUGGGAGGAUGCAGCAGCUAAAUGUUCAACCACUUUUAUGUCGAUUAUAUGCAAAUAUGAGGCGUUACAUCUAGUUAAAAUUAAAAAAAAAAUGGAUGAUGAGAUUGAGAACAUCCAAAAGUUCAAAGAUGAACCCCAGUUUCAAAAUUUGGAAGUAAAGCUUAAAUCUAACUUGGAUAAGUUCUCUUAUCAAAUAAAAAUUAAAAAACAUCAUAAAUAUGUAAGAGAUACCUCAGAUUUUGAGACAGGUAAAGUCUAUCGCCAAACGAAAAGGAGAAUUAGAAUUGACUCUGACCAUUUUAGUACAUCAGAAUAUGAGUCAACAGACAAUGAAGGGGAAAGUGUAACUAGUAACUCUGUACCAGUAGCACCCAAAAGUAUACUAAGGAAAGGGGUUGAUUUUUUAGGAUUGAGACAGGCGGACGAACUACAACGCCCCAGAACGAGACAAUCACAGAGAGGCAGGGGUCAGAGACAAUAUCGACGUUAGUAGCUGGUGAUUUAAGGGUUAUAAAUUUAUCCUCACUCACUCUAACAGAUAUACAAACUAAAACACUCUCCAAAGGUUUAUCUUUUGUACCUACCCCCCUUUUUAAUAAAUUCAUGUGGACGAAAGAUCUGCAUUUGUUUGCCCGAAAGUUAGCUCUACAUAAGUACCAUACUCAUAAAAAAGAAAUGAAAGCAUUAAGCCUAGGACUUACAGUUACAGACAUGGAUUGCUUAGAUACUUUGAUAGAACUACUUGACUCUAAUGACCCUAUAGACAACAUCCCGACCACGCACCUUGCACCUAAGAGCCGAUUCACCCCCCAUUUGAAAGACUACAAAAAUAUUGAAGUCUUUUUGGAGAUGGUCUGUAGAGAUAUUGAAAAGGCAAACUUGGGAGAUCAGAACAUUAAAAUCUGUGGUAAUCUUACUAGAAUGGAAAAAUUGGCAUUAAAACAACUGAACGAGAAUGAUGAUCUGGUAAUUAAACCAUCCGACAAGGGUGGGAAUAUAGUGCUUAUGGAUCGGUCUAACUACAUCCAAAUGGCACAGCACCUACUGGAUGAUAGGGAAACCUAUCAGAUUCUCAGUCACGAUCCCACCCCACAAUAUUUUGUUGAAAUUAAAACUUUGCUGAACCAAGCUUUAAUAGACAAACUCAUUACUAAAAAUGAGUUUGAUUUUAUGCUGGUUAAACAACCAGUACUUUCAACAUUUUAUAGUCUACCUAAAGUGCAUAAAUCUUUCGAUAAUCCUUCAGGUAGACCAAUUGUGUCGGGAUGCGGCAACUUGACUCAGAAUUUGAGUAUAUAUUUAGACAAAAUCUUGUCCCCUAUUGUGUCAAAAUUACCCUCUCAUAUAAGGGACACUAAGCAGAUGUUAAACUUUUUGAAGGACUUAUCCAUACCAAAGCAAACCUUGCUAUGCAGCCUGGAUGUGGAAUCUUUGUAUAGCUCUAUACCACAUAUGAAAGGUAUUGAUAAUGUCAAAACCAUUUUAGAACAAGAGCUUCAGUCACCACAUCUCUACAUCGAUUUCGUCUCAGAUGUACUCAGAACGGUACUGACUAAAAAUAUUUUCCUAUUUAAUGGUAAUAUUUACCAACAAAUAAAAGGGACAGCUAUGGGGACUCCCUGUGCCCCCUCUUAUGCGAACCUUUAUUUAGGAACCUGGGAGAAUCAAAUCCUAAAGGUACCACACUUACGGAAAUAUUCAGAGUCAAUAGCAUGCUGGAAAAGGUACAUCGAUGACGUACUAAUUGUAUGGACGGGGUCUAUUAAGGAUUUCGAGGAAUUUGUCAAAAUCCUGAACAAAAAUGAUUUUGACUUGAGAUUUACUAGUGAGCUAGGUGGUAACCAAAUUAACUUCCUAGACAUUACCAUCACAAUAAAGGAAGGGGGACUGGUACAGACAACCUUGUUCAAGAAACAUACGGCUACGAAUAGUCUCUUGAACUGGACUAGUUAUCACCCACAGCCACUCAAGGCUGGUAUUCCAAUCGGCCAGUACCUCCGACUAAGACGCAAUUGCUCGUCCACACAGGACUUUAAGACCAAAGCCUGGGAAUUAAGGAAAGCCUUCAAGGAUAAGGGAUAUCCGAAUAGGGUUCUACGGAGGGGAUACGCUAGAGCCAUCAAAACCGACCGAGACACACUCCUCACUGAUGAGAAUGCACAAUCAGAAGAUAAAAAACUGAUUAGAUGCAUUGCCACAUAUGAUGCGGGGUGGGACUAUAUGAUGGAUACACUCAGGCGUUACUGGCCGAUUCUUAAGUCCGACCCACAUUUGAAACAUGUAAUUACUUCUCUCCCCUCAGUUACGGCAAGGAGGGGGAGUAAUUUUCGAGAUACCCUGGUACAGAGUCACUUGGCACCCCGGAAAAGGGGCCUUAACAAUUAUCUACCGAAGGGUUCAUACAAAUGUGGACAUUGCAGUGCAUGUGAAUUUAUGGAAAGGAACUCCAAAGAAUUCACUGACAGUAAUAAUACAGAUGUCUUCCCUGUACGAUCAUUUUUUAAUUGCAGAACAGAGGGUGUGAUUUAUUUACUCAUCUGCUCAUGCGGUAUAAAAUAUGUGGGGAAAACAUUUAGACCUUUUAAACUACGGAUCCGGGAACACGUUAAUUCAGUUAGGAGACCUCUUGAAACUCCCAUAUCCCGUCAUUUAAAAAUAUACCAUUCAAACUCCUCUAAAAAAUUGAGGUUCAUGGGAAUCGAGCAUAUUCCACAGACUCAAAGGAAAGGAGAUUGGGAUAUGAAACUGAGACGUGAGUCCUAUUGGAUCUAUAGAUUGAAGACUCUCUCACCCGCUGGACUGAAUGAGGGCUUUUCAUUUACUGCUUUUUUAUGAUUACUCUCUCUUUUAGAUGUAAUCUAUAGUUAGGUAUACCCCUAUCAAGUCCUGAGUAUAUAAUAAGUAGGCUGAACAUCUGAUUAUAUAUUAUAACCAUUGUCUUCUUACAUGAGGACUUUAUUCAGUGGGAUGCAAUAUAGGGAAUCAUAAAUCUGAUAGUCUCUUGUAUCCACCUUGUCAGAUAGUUAUAAGGUUGUUACCUAUUACUCUGUAGGGUGGUAGAGAUCAAUAAAGCUGUGUUUCUUUAUAUUUACAGUAAGCUCUAUUGCAUUCCCACCACCAAGUCUUCCCUCUAUAUUUUCUUUAUUUGUGUUUGGGUGCAACCAAAUACCUGUCAUUUGAUCAUGGCCUGUGUAAUAUUCCUUUAAUAAUGGGUGCAUUGUUUAAAAUCUUUUUAACAACAUCCUAAUUAUGGUAUUGCCAUGAUGCUGUGAGAUUGGUUAUCAGUUUCGACACAUUAAGUUUGGGAGGCUGUGUCACUUUGUGACUCCCUGUCUAUGCGGCAUUAUUCUCCCGUUAUGGGAUUGUGAAUGCUUAAAUCAGACCUCACGGUACAUGGGAGGUCUCACUAAGACUGACAGCCGUGUCACCAGUUGACACCACUAAGCCACUCCCCCCAUAUGCAGCCGGUUGCACCCAAGUGGGUAUCACCCAAUCAACCGCAACACCCCCCAGUCACAUGGCCCAAUCCAAAUACGGCAUUUUCUUGACCAAUCAAUGGGCCGACAAGACGGCGGGGCGUGGACACACAACAGGUGAACUGUUUCAAGUUGAUUGCUACAAUCCCCAUAUAAACGAGCACAAAGUUAUGCAGAGGCUUACUACUCCUGACGACGGCGUGUUAGAACGCUGAAACGCGCGUCGAGUUUUUAUUUAUUUAUUUAUUUAUUUUCUUUACAGUUUGUUCACUUGGGUAGCACUUAUGGAUUAGUUUAAUUAAUUCGAUUUUUAGCUACUUUAGUCAGGUAGGCAGAAGGGUAAUAGGUAGGCACUUGUGAUUCUCACUGUGCCGAGGUAUUCAGUUAGGAAGUGUUCCUCCCCAUUCCCCUUUCCCCUUUUUCCUUCCUCUGUUAUUCCUCUAAUUACCUAUCUGUUUACAACCUUACAGUUUGGAGCUUUUUUGACCCAACUUUAUUAGAAUUGGGCUAUUUCUCUGCAAGUAGUUGUUUGGACCUGUAUGUGUUUUCACACAUCUAUUCCCUUGCCCUAUCUUUCCUCCCUGUCUAUUUUAAUUGCCUACACCCUUAGGAUUAUUAAAGGUAGGGACUUCCCUUUUAUUUAUAACUCUUCCACUUAGGGACCUUUGGUUCCACACUAUUUUUUCUAUUUUAGUAUUAUAUAAACCUAUAUUUAUAAACUCUACACCUACUUUAUUAACAGCCAACCCUACACCCCACAGCAUUAAAACAACACACGCAUAGCAAUAACACAUUGUGCUGCAAAUUUAGUGCAUUAAAGUGACACUGUCACACAUCAUAUAAUUGGAGGUAUUGCAAAAGAUUUAUGGCUAACAAUGAAAUUAGGUAAAAACUGGGCUCUUACUCUGGGCUCCAGCCUCUAUCACUGCACAAGCAACACAUCUGCUUGAAGAUAGUAACAAGUGGUGUUCAGAAAAGAAACUGCUAAAAGUCUGGCUGAAGAAUUUGAUCUCAGCUUCGUACUAACGGUAAUAAAUGUAAGUACAUUUUUCUAAGGAAUAAAACUUUCCUGGUCUCUGAACAAUUAAGUGAAAGAUGGAUAAAUCUAUGCUAUGAACAUCACACAAUUGCCCCAAACGUGUUUUUUUUUUGUUCUCUAGAACUUCAACUAAAUAGUUUUCUUUGGAAGUGAUAUAUAUUAGUAAUCCAUCAAAUUUCAGAAGAAUGUACAUGAGAGCUUUAUGAAUGUACUUACUGUGUUUUUCAUCUGUUGUGUUACAAUAUGUAAUUAUAUGGAUUUUAUUGGAAUUUUUUUUUUCCUUUUAUGUCACAAUAAAAAAAAUUUUUGCAUUUUAAAACUUUGUGGUAUGUUUUGUAAAUCAUAUGGUAAAAAUCAUGAUAAAUAUCCAUUUUAAUUCCAAAUUGUAACAAUCAAAAACAUGGAAUGUCUAAGAUAGGUUAGUAAAUAGGCACGCAAGGCAUGGUACUUUAGAGAUCCUAAUAUGCCCCAGCUCAAUAGACAGAUCAAAGUGUUAAAUUAUGUUUAAUUUAAUAUCUACUUCUUAAUCAUUAACAUUAACUAACUUUGUAUGGUUUAUCUACAUCAAACCUUGUAGGAACAGCAGAAAAAUUAUGAAUUUCAGAAAAAAGCAGAAAAACAAAUAAGCGAAUUAGAAGAAGAAAUCAGGAAGCUGAUGAACCAACGAAAGGUAAGAGGAAACACCGUGAGACACUGGAGGGGUUAGAAAAUGGGGACAAGUAGACAUGCAGAAAUAGUGCAAUGCUGGUAUGAAAGAGAUGAGACACUUUGAGAAUUGAAUAUAGAAAAACUGAGUGGAAACCAGUGAUAGUAGUGGAUAGUAGUGGAUCGCUAAAAAAUGUAACUUACGUAAUUAAUAUACAAAUAUUUUGGAAUGAAUAUACAACAGUUUGCUAAAUAAAGAGGAAAACACAAUAUAGUGUAGUCUUCUGGAAAGACUUGUCUUUACCCGUAUGUCUCACUUCCUCAGUUCCAGCUCUCUCCUUGACCCUCUUCAAUCUGGCUUCCGCCCCCUCCACUCUACUGAGACUGCUCUUAUCAAAGUUAAUAAUGACCUAAUCGCAGCUAAAUCGAAAGGCCACUACUCCAUACUAAUUCUUCUUGAUUUCUCUGCUGCCUUUGGCACGGUUGAUCAUGCUCUCCUUCUUCAAACUCUUCAAUCACUCGGUCUCUGUGACUUUGUCUUCUCGUGGUUUUCCUCUUAUCUCUCCCAACGCUCAUUAAGUGUCUCCUUUUCUAAUGAUACCUCAUCCCUUCGUCCUGUCUCAGUUAGAGUCCCCCAAGGCUCCGUCCUUGGUCCCCUUCUAUUUUCUCUUUAUACUGUCUCUCUUGGCAAACUUAUUUCCUCAUUUGGAUUCCACUACCACCUGUACGCUGAUGACACCCAGUUAUAUCUCUCUUCCCUGGACCUCUCCCCUGCCGUCCUGCAACGUGUCACUGCUUGCCUUUCCUCAAUCUCUGACUUUAUGUUCUCCUGCUUUAUAAAACUUAAUCUCUCUAAAACUGAACUCCUCGUCUCCUCCUAAUACUGAUCCUCCUCUUUAACUCUCCCUUGAAGUCAGUGGUAUCCACAUCAGUACAUCCUUGCAAGCGUGCUGUCUUGGUGUUAUAUUUGACUCUGGCCUCACCUUUGAGCCUCACAUCCAGCAUGUUACCAAAUCCUGUAGAUUCCAUCUUAAAAACAUAGCCCACAUCCGCCCCUUUCUUGCGCAAGAUGCUACUAAAGAGCUUGUCCAUGCUCUAGUAAUUUCCUGCAUGGAUUAUUGGAACCCUCUCCUAAUUAGUCUUCCCAAAAACCGUAUAAGUUUUCUUGUAAGUGUCCUAUUUAUAGCUAAAUCCCCCCUCUUAUAAUAUUGUAAAGUGCUAUGGAAUCUGUUGGCGCUAUAUAAAUGGCAAAAUAUAUAAAUAUAAAACCCAACAUUUAUUUUCCAAAACAGAUAAUUACAGUUUAGAUUGUCAUGGAACAUAUUCAUAUGAAUUGACAUAAAAUCCUUUUAUAAAAAAUGACAGAGUUCGAAGUCAUUAUUAAGUCCAUGAGGCACCAAUGAGUUCAGAUUGAAAAUCCAUUUCAUUUCAGUCCGCCUCAUUUUUCUAAUCAUAUCUUCGCCUCUCCAAUCUAGCACUACUUUUUGAAUCCCAAUGAACUCCGUACCUCUAUGGUCUUGAUUAUGUUUAAUUUUGUAAUGUAGUGAUAGAUUGUGUUUUUCAUAGCCGUUUUUUAUAUUUCUUAAAUGCUCUUGAAUUUGGACAUUCAAUUUAAGAGUCGAACGUCCAACAUAAAUCAGGCCACAGGGACAUUUAAUCAAGUAUGUCACUCUUGUUGAGUGACAUGUAAUAACCUGUUUAAUGUGAAAAAUUUUGUCUUUUUGUGUAAAGUUUUUAACCAGAUGUUUAUACCACCUGGUGCUUUUGCAUGCACCACAUCCGCAUCCAUAGAAUCCUUUGGAUUCUUUAAAGAAUUGGGUGGUUCCUUUGGUCUUAAACUGACUGUGUACUAAAUGUCCUUAUACCCUUUCUCUUUAAAACCUUUUAAAAAUUUGGGGGAUUGUUCUUGAAAUUUUGUUUUGUCUGUACAGUUUCUUUUGAUAUGUAAAAGCUGUGCCUUUGGGACUUUUGUGAGCCAUGGUGAAUAGUGGCAACUGCUUUCUUGAAUAUAGCUAUUCACAUUUACUUUCUUAAACAACGUACUUGUGGGGGGCGUGUCCAACUACCGGCACGAUCGGACGCUCGGAUUAGGAGCUCCGCUUCACCCGGGCUAGAAAAGCUACUAUUAAGCUUGAAAACCGAGCUACAAACUAAAGGGGCAGUGUAGGAGUGACCCCAUGUCACCCUCAAAGCAAACUAAACUUACGGAUGCGGUCCGCCAAACCAAAAAAGAGCGGCAGAAACAGGCCCAAGAUGGCGCCGGCAGCAGAGCGCAAUCCCCAGAGCCUGAUGCCCUUAAUGAGGGGUCCCCACACCACUCUACAGAGGAUUGCCAAAUCUCAAAGGACUUCCUCAAAUCAAUGCUCAUGGAGCUGAGAGCCACAAUAAGAGAAGACUUUACGACUGCCAUAUCUGGUUUACACCAGGAACUAGAAGAAUUGGGAGACCGCACAGAUCAGGUUGAACGGAGGACAGAAGACCUGUGCUCAGCACACAAUGAAAUGGCAGACAAAUUAAAGAAACUAGAAGACGAUAAUACAAAACUGUGGCACAAGAUGGCGGACAUGGAGGAUCGUUCCCGCCGGAAUAAUGUAAGAUUUCGGGGGGUGGCGGAAUCCACCACAGCAGACCAGAUUCCAGCCUACAUAAAAACAAUAAGUGCUGCGUUGGUCCCCGAUCCCGCAUUCUCCUGGGAAGUGGACAGGGCCCACCGCCUACCCAAGCCACCUAGGUUGGGGACAGAAGUUCCGCGCGACAUUAUUGUGCGCUUUCAUUAUUACAAGGCCAAAGAGGCACUCUUAAAAGCAGCCAGAGCUAAGCCAAUGCUACCCGAACCAUAUAGCUCGGUCUCAAUCUAUGCCAACCUCUCAGCUCUAACUAUGGCUAGGCGAAGAGAGUUCUCAACCAUAACCAAGACUCUGCGAAAUCAUGAUCAGGCUUAUAGAUGGGGUUUCCCCACUAAACUGUUAAUAUGGCGGAACAACAAGCUUCAUACCAUAGUUGACCCGUCAGAGGGUAUGUCCGCGCUGAAAAGCUGGGGCCUAUGGAACACACCGGAGACCGACCAUCCGACGGCGACUGCAGGGACCUCAGCGAAGAAGACCCGUCCCGAAUGGAAGAUGGUGGGAGAACCCCCUCACCAGCGAUCCACAUAGUGUCAUCAAGCCAGGGAACCACAUUCACAACAAUGCCUUACACCGCUAUAGGAAGACAGACUAACUGAGGGUGCAGCAGUCGUUCAGGACACUACCUAGAAACUGUUCUCUGUGGGAUCCACGCUCCAGCCAUUCCCAUGCCUCGAGGCACUGGAAGGAGUCGGAGACACCGACGACCGACAGUGGUAUUUUUAUAUGGGGGCUCGCGUCAGUGCAACUAAUUUCAGCAUUAAGAUGAUCAAAUAAAAAAAAAAUUAAAAAAAAAAUAUAUAUAAUAUUAGUAAUAAUGCCACGACACUAGAGACCAGCUUACUACUCUCCCUCAUUCUACUGAGCCUUAUCCGAUUUAAUGCCCAUGCAAAUCACAUGGACCCGUGAAGACGCUGACGCGAGUCCCCACAAUGUUAAGCGCUAACCUUAUGCAAAGCUAAUUGUUAUGUGUAAUGCUUGAAGGGUAAUAUUUGGGGCUAAACACAUUGGCCUGCCUAAGGACUCCGCUGGUUGGAAAAUGUGUUUGGCACACAAUGUGAUAUUCCCAACAGGGGCGGAUUGGUGUUGAUGUUGUGUAUGGGUAGGUACCCCACAAUGGGAUGGCAAUGUACCGGUUAGCUACGAUCCAGAUAUCUAUACUACGCUAGCUGGGCCACCAUUGCAUAGCACUGACGUCUAAAGACAGAUCCAAAUGCCAAUAACGCACACACCAUAGGCAGGGGAAGCGUCCUACACAGGCUGGGAGUGGGUUCGAGCGAUCCCGAUAUGCUAUAGCUAAGGUUUAUUAAAACUAUUAAGAGAUUAACGAAAAUAACCGAAUGGAUAAGAAAAAAAAAAAAAAAAAGCACACAGUCCCUGAAGCUGCGACCCAUAUAUCUUAGACCCCUUUCGCAACAAUGCCUUCCAGUCCUACAGCGGACGAUAAUGGAAUUGUUGUCCUGGCUCCCAAAUCCCCAUGAUGAUUGCAGGCAACAGAGCAGACAUGUGUCAAGUCUGGCCCGGGUGUGGUAUAGUUCCGCACGACCCCCCUAAAGGACCUACAAUGGUGGAGCACGAUGGCUCCAUAUUGUACUCCAAUGUAAACUCUCAAGGUCGAGAGUCAUUGUAUAUACUUAUGUUUUUAGUUUUCCGUUUCCCCUGUUUUAUACCUGCCACCCCCCUACCCAAUACUAUGGCAGCAGAGAUAAAUUUUGCAUACACAAAAAUCCAGCAACCAUUAAGGCACGCUCAGGUACCCAGUAGAAUGUACUCGUUCGAGAGGUCAGUACUUAUACGAACUCCGUAUCAAGAUGAGAGAAUGCAACAUCCCACAUUAUGGCUUACUAAUUUAAAUGCUUUUCCAUGAACGUAAAUGGCCUAAAUAGUCCCUUUAAAAGAAGCUCAGUGAUCAGGGCAAUGCACAAAUCACAGGCAGCUAUAGUGUGUCUCCAAGAAACACAUAUGUGUAAGACCAAUCCCCCCACCCUAACAUCUUCUAAAUACCAUCAAGUGUAUCAUGCUCUUUCCCCAACCAAAACUAAAGGGGUGGCAAUACUGUUCCACGCAAAUUGGGUAUUCCAACUCACCAAUACAUACAGAGACGAGCUAGGCAGACUCCUCGUUGUGGUGGGCUCAAUGAAUGGCAUGCAAUUGACGAUAGCAUCCAUAUACGCACCCAACAACUCACAAACUGCAUUCAUAAAACGUGCGUUACACAAAAUAUCCAGCCUCCGGGAGGGUCACACCAUAAUUUGUGGGGAUCUAAACUGCACGCUGGACCCCAAUUUAGACAUCAAACGUAUAGAAGGCAAACAACCGCUCCAGCAAGCUAGUGCUCCACACGAACGACCUGUAUGACACAUGGCGCUCACUCUACCCGACCGAGAAUAAUUACACCUACUUUUCACAGGUACACCACACUUACUCGCGCAUAGACAUGUGCUGGGUAGACAAAAGCACAAUCCCGAAUGUUAUAGAAGCACAAAUAGGUGACAGAACUUGGUCUGACCAUGCGCCAAUAAUCACCACGUUCAGGGCCUUAUACCCAGCUAGAGGACGGAGUGCGUGGCGUCUGAACGAAUCCCUCAUAGAUGACAAUGACACGGCCACCAAAAUACGCAGGAAUAUACAAACGUUUUAUGAAAAUCAUCAGACAGACCCUUCCAGUAUAGGCACCAAAUGGUUGGCCCUCAAAGCUGUACUUAGAGGUCUCUUAAUACAAGCGGGGUCAAUACGCAAAAAGAAAGCUUAUAACGAAAAUGAUACACUAAUUGCACUGCUCCAGACAUUAGAAAGGGCUAAUAAAGUAAGACCAUCUAGAUUACUGUCCCAACAGAUUGAACAGACAAGAGGGAAGAUACAUGCACUGUCUCUAACCACUAUGGAAAGGCAACUACGCAAACUGAAAUUGACCUACUACAUGCAUGGAAAUAAGGCAGGCAAGGUGCUAGCAAACCGUCUAAAAUCGCGUUAUAUACAAACAAAACUCCCAUACAUGACUACGGCCACGGGUACAAAACUAUUUAACCCGCAGGACAUAGUGGAUGAAUUAGCGAACUUCUACAAAGGCCUAUAUAACCUCACACAAGAUAAAUCACUACACCAACCAAUAGCAGCUGACAUAGACACCUUUCUGGGCGAGGCAAAUUUGCCACGUCUGUCUAUACAUCAAAGACAGACACUGAUAGCUAAGUUCACGGAAGUGAACUUUCCCAGUAGACACAUGGCAUCGGGCUCAGAAGCUAACAAAGCAGGCCUCACAUAGCCUUAAUCAGUGGGAAACGUACUGCAAACUAACCAUGCGCUGGUACCUGGUCCCCAACAAAUUGGCCCACAUAUAUCCAGGAGCGAACAAACUAUGUUGGAGAUGUCACAAUCAAGAGGGGUCCCUUUACCAUAUAUUUUGGAAAUGUACACAGAUCACAUCAUUAUGGCAAGACAUCCACACACUUUUUUGCAAAAACCUAGGGAUCGGGGUACCUCCGACACCAGAAUGCUUUUUAUUACACAUCUUCCCAGACAACCUCCACGAAGAGGAAAACUAUUUAAUGAUCCACUGCCUCAUGGCAACUAAAACAGCGAUUGCCCAAAAGUGGAAAUCUACACAAGCUCCCACGUUAUCAGAGAUUUUAGGUAGACUAGAUUCGAUUUAUAAUUACGAGCGUAUGGCAAGUCGCAUCACUGAGAGGCAGAGCAGACAUGAAACUAGGGAGUUCUCAUCUCCCUUCCAAAUAAAAAAUAUGUUGUCUAUGUAGCAGUGAUUGGUGACCAGGUUCGCAUCCCACCUAUGUUCCUCCAAGAUAAACUCAUGUUCCCACAAGGACAUGAAUAGGUUUGCGUAACUGGGUGCGAACCUGGUCCCCAUCGCCGCUCCACACAUCUGAAGAUUAAAGGUGUUGUUGAACCAAAAAUAGUUGUUUGAUAGGAUCCAUUUGAUCCCCUCCAGAAUAAACUCAGUUUGAAUCUGACGGAACUUCUUGGGAUUUUCCAAAAUGUUUCUGGUGACUUGACAGCCUCAUUCAUGUUCAAUAAUGGUGUACAGUGAGCCCACAUCUGCCGUCACUAAAAAGAAAUCUUGUUCCCACUGUACACCAUUCAGAAUCUGGAGGAUGUUAAUGGUAUCCCUCAAAUAACUUGGACAAUUUGUUGGAGGUUCCAAUCAAUAUAAUGUGACAAACGGUUCGAGAUGGCGUUAAUCCCUUAAACUAUAGGUCUACCAGGGGGGGUUUUCUUUGUCUUUAUGUACCUUGGGAAGGUAAUAAAAAAAUGGAAUCUUAGGAUGGGGAAUGUUUAAAAAUUCUGAUUCUUUUUUGUUUAGUAUACCCAAGGUUUUUCCUUUCUCAAUCAGCCUGUAGUAUGCAAUUUUCAUCUCGUUUGUUGGGUCUUUGCUCAAUACCUUAUAUGUAUUGUUAUCACUUAAAAGUCUCAGGGCAUCUUUAAGGUAGUCAUCUGUGUUUAGAAGAACUAUACCUUCCCCUUGUCAGCAGGAUUGAUAAUGAGGGUCUCAUCUUUCUUUAGUUCUUUCAGUGCCUCACUUUCUUUCUUAGUGAGGUUGUGUAUGUAUCUUCUUGAGGGUUUUAUCUUUUCCAAGUCAUGCAUUACCAUAAGUUCAAACGUGCCCAUUUCUUCUGAAAUGCAUGGUUUGGGGAAAAAUUGAGAAUUCACCCUCAAGUUGGUAUGUACGAAUUCUGAGUUGACAGUUGGGGUAUUGGUUCUUUCUAAUGGCUGCCUUGAGAAGAAUUUAUUUAAGCACAGUUUCCUCUUAAAUUUGUACAAAUCUAUAUAGGUACAGAAUUUUUCAAUUUUUUUGGUUGGAGCAAAUUUCAGGCCGAUCUGUAGGAGGUUAUUUUGGGGUAUAGUAAAGUUUUGCUUGAAAGCUUAAAUAAUCCUAAUUCUUUCUUUUUUCGUGUUUUUUCUUUCUUCCUUUUCUGUAUACGGACUCCUCUUUUAGCUCUCCUUCUUCUACAUUCCUUCUCCUCUUCCCUGGUGAUAGGAAUGUAGUUGUUGUGGUUUUGCGUUUCCCUAUAACAUGUGAGUUCCAAAAAUCCUCUCCCUUUGAGGAUCUUGUGAGGUGAUUAUAUUUAUUGUGAGGAAAGAUGUUGUUAUUAUUAGUAUGUGUACUCCUUUCCUCUCUGGGUCUAUAAUCUCUGUAUGUUCUGGUUGCCUGUAUGGGGUGUUCUAGGUCUUUCUCUCAUUUGUUGUACCUUUGGUCUUACUACUUUUUCUGGGGAUUUGUGGUAUUGUUUGGUAAUGGUGUCAUAUUCCCUUUGUAAAUUUGUAACAUUAGGUAACUUCCUUUGUGGAGUAUGGCGAGGAGUUGUUCUUUGAUAAUUUCUAGUUGGGCUACAUUUUCUCCCUUGCUUAUUAAGGAUAUUAACCUUAUGUGUUAUAUGUGUUGUUGUGAUUAUUUCCUCUUAAAUAUGAUCUUGUCUGAUUUUUCGUAUAGUCAAUGUAUUUUCGUUUUUUAAUUUCCACCACACUUCUCUCCAGUUUAUCUAAGUUACCUUGUAUUUCUUCAGUGAUUAGGGCAUAGUCCUCAGGAGACAUAUUGCUAACUAAAAAGUUUUGCGACAUUAAUUUUAUCGUCUAAACGUUUUAAUGUGUUUGUACGUUUCCUGAACACAUCUGCUCAUGAGAUCUGAGCCUGUCCUUAUCUGGCUCUAACCCACGUGAGUGCAUAUCGAUUAUAUUAACACUCACACUGGCUUUAUGUAAAAUACUACACUAUAUUGUUUUUUCUUAUUUAUCUAGCAAACUGCUGUAUAUUCAUUCCUAAAUUGCUGUAUAUUAAUGAUGUAAGUGAUGUUUUUUAGCGCUCCACUACUAUCACUGGUGGUAACUUGUUUCCACUCAGUUUUUCUACAUCCACUUACUCUAUAGCAUGUGUUGUGAAGGAGAUACUCAUACUUUGAGGUAGCUGCUAAUCUUUAAGUAUAUAAGUAUAUAAGCGCUUUUACACAGAUCACUUUGUAUUUUCUGUCCACUUUGAGAAUUGAGACAGUGGGGAUAAUAGUGAAAUAUUGAAACAAUUUGGGUGAUAGUAUCCCUUGGGUUAAGACUGUAAUAGUGGGAAGAGGGGUGACUAUAGUGUUUUUAUAGUUAUUUUGGUGACUAUAGAGUCCCUUUAUGAUGUCGAGAAUGAGGUGGAGAUGUGGGAAAGGUUGAGAUAUUGGGUUUGAGAAUGGUACACUGAGAAUUCUCACAUCUACAGACAUUCAUUCCUCAUAUAAAACAUUAGUGUCUGGUUGCCAACACAGAAAGCUCCUUUGAGAAGGUCAAGCCUCAUCUUUUGUUCCCCUGUUUUGUGGCAAAAUACAGGUAUUCUUUAUAAACCAAUGCAUAUCACAAUAAAUUAAUGUGUAAAUAAAACACUACAUGCAAAUUAAUAUAACUGAGUUUUAGUACCGUAGAUAUGUUGUUGUUAUUUAUUUAAAUUUUUUGGUUUUUGAAGGUGUCAGCUGGUGGCUAUUCAGUAGAAAGGUAAUGUUGUACUUAUAUUUAAUAUCCUCCAAAGAUCUCUAUUUUCUCUUCUUUUUGUCUUCCACAUUUCAUACUGCAGCUAUUACUUUGUUACCCAUAUUUUUAACCCAUAUUUACUGAUAUUUCCUUAUACAUCCCCAUACACCCUAUGCCUCCUCUAACACUGUCUUAUUCACACCCAAUACUCCUUAGUAAUAUCAUCAAAGUCUCCUGCUCACCAUUCACUAGCAAUGGUAAGGAAAAAUACUAACUAAAAUAAGUUGUUUUUUUUCUAAAAAAUAAAACUACCAUCCCUUUAACACAUGGUUUAUAGGACUCUGGAUUGCGAUAUUAUGACAACCAUCAUUUUUAGAAAACUCUUCUCUAUUAGUAUACGGGAAUAUCUGGAAUAUUCUGCUGCCUGCUUUUUUUUUUUUUUAAAUUUGUAUUUUAUUGGUUUUCACAUCAAUAAGUGUAGGGUGGGUGGGGUGGGGUACAGAAAAAAGAAGGAGGUGGGGGAAGGAGGGGGGGGGGAAGCUCAAUCACGUUACAUCGAAUCAUAUGUUGGCUAGGAAUAUACAAAAAUUGACAUUUGCAGCAGUUCAACAGCACACAGUAAACGGUUGUUCUCCCUAUGCAUCUUAGUACAGCUGAUCCGAACAUCUAGGCAUAUUUCCCAAUUCCUAAGUCCCAAUCUGCCUUGUAGUACUCCCUGACCCAGUGUUUUUCCCCACUACCUCGAGGUGCUUGCUACCCACCCUCUUUCUGCGUCUAGUCUUUGUGUUUAGUUAGGUUGUUGGUGGCUUACGUGUUGUUUGUUCGCUGUUCUCUAGACGCGCCACUGUUCCCACAUACUGCUACUGCAGCUGGUUCUAUUCCGCGCCUUGGAGAAGCUUGUUUCAUAAAUAGCUUGGUUGUCUAUGUCCUGGAUGAAGGUUGGAAUGCUAGGGGCCUCUGUUGUUUUCCAGAGUCGUGCUAUCAAUUUUUGUGCGCUUAGCAGGAUGUGGUACAUUAAUUUUCUCGCUUGUGUGGGUGUUUCCCUGGGUAUGUCUAGCAGUAGAAAAGUCUUAGGAUCAAGGGGUAGUUGAAUGGUAGUGGUAUCGGCAAUGAUUUUUUGGGUGUCUUCCCAGUAUCUGAUUAGGCGUGGACAUUUCCACCAAAUGUGGAGGACCGAGCCCUUCUCUUGUUUGCAUCUCCAACACGUCGGAGACGCGUUGGGAUACAGUUUAUGUAUGCGUAGCGGCACCAUGUACCACCGAUAUAUUGUUUUCUGGUGUUGCUCUAUAAGGGGAGCAGAUUUGAUCAAUUUUCUAGUUGAAGAUGUGAUAUUGGACCACUGUCUCUCAGUGAUGGGAGUGUGGAGGUCCAUUUCCCAUUGGUGUGCUGGCGUGGAGUCGGAGAGGGGUUGGUACGGCAGAAUAAGUCUGUAGCAUCCAGAUAAGGGUUUGAAGGUCUGGGGUAGUUUGCCUGUGAUACCUGUUUGUUCCCAGAUUGAGAGCUCUCUAGUCUCUCUUCUACUAUCUUUAUUACUUGUGUGUAGAAAGGAUUUAAGUUGAAUAUAUGAAUAUCGUGAUGUGUGUGGUAGGUUAUAAAUCAUGGUGAGACGUUCAAAACUCAUCAGAUCACCCGAUUCAAAAACCUGAGCUACAUGUGAGAUUCCCCUGCCCAUCCAUGGUGUUGCAUGAAAUGUUGGGAUGCAGUAUGUUAUGGCUUCUAUGGGUGUUGCCCUGAAGAGGGGGUUGGCUGUCUCGAACUUCAUCCUAUGUAAGUCCCAAAUUUGUAACGCUAGUUGUACUUGUAAGGGUAUUAACGGUGUGUUUGGUCUGUUUUUUUUGUGCAACCAUAUCAGGUUAUUGGUUGAAAAGGGUUUAACAGCUAGGUUCUCUAAGUGCACCCAUUGUGGUUGGUUGUCCCUCACCAAAUGUGUUAGCAGAGGGGUUAAGACUGCCGCUUGGUAGUAGGAUUUUACAUUUGGAAACGCCAUGCCCCCGUGCUUCACUGGUGCAGAUAAUAGUCUGCAAGAAAUUCUCGCCCGUCUUGCUUCCCAGGUAAACUGCAGCAGCUUAGAUUGUAUGGUUUUAAAAUAAGAUUGUGGCACCUUCAACGGGAGGUUCCGAAACACAUAUUGAAGUUUCGGUAGUACCGACAUUUUAAUAGCAACAAUACGUUCAGUCCAAGUGAGGAACAGUUUUUCCCAGCCCCCAGUAAGGACAGGCACUCAUUCCAUACUUUGGUAUAUGCUGCCUGCUUUUUAACAAAUAUAUUGUCUGACUUUUGCUUAAUUGUGGGUGACCGCCAGUGUGGUGAAUAUACAGUAUCUCACAAAAGUGAGUACACCCCUCACAUUUUUGUAAAUAUUUUAUUAUAUCUUUUCAUGUGACAGCACUGAAGAAAUAACACUCUGCUACAAUGUAAAGUAGGAAGUGUACAGUCUGUAUAACAGUGUAAAUUUGCUGUCCCCUCAAAAUAACUCCACACACCAUUAAUGUCUAAACCGUUGGCAACAAAAGUGAGUACACACCUAAGUGGAAAUAUCCAAAUUGGGCCCAAUUAGCCAUUUUCCCUACCCGGUGUCAUGUGACUUGUUAGUGUUACAAGGUCUCAGGUGUGUUAAAUUUGGUGUUAUCGCUCUCACACUCUCUCAUACUGCUCACUGGAAGUUCAACAAGGCAACUCAUGGCAAAUAACUCUCUAAGGAUCUGAAAAAAAAGAAUUGUUGCUCUACAUAAAGAUGGCCUAGGUUAUAAGAAGAUUGCCAAGACCCUGAAACUGAGCUACAGCACAGUGGGCAAAACCAUACAGCGGUUACACUUAGAACAGGCCUCGCCAUGGUCGACCAAAGAAGUUGAGUGCACGUGCUCAGCGUCAUAUCCAGAGGUUGUCUUUGGGAAAUAGACGUAUGAGUGCUGCCAGCAUUGCUGCAGAGGUUGAAUGGGUGGGGGGGUCAGCCUGUCAGUGCUCAGACCAUACGCCGUACACUGCAUCAAAUUGGUCUGCAUGGCUGUCGUCCCAGAAGACAGCCCGCAAACAGUUUGCUGAAGACAAGCAGACUAAGGACAUGGACUACUGGAACCAUGUCCUGUGGUCCAAUGAGACCAAGAUAAACUUAUUUGGUUCAGAUGGUGUCAAGCGUGUGUGGCGGUAACCAGGUGAGUAGUACAAAGACAAGUGUGCCUUGUGUACAGUCAAGCAUGGGGGUGGGAGUGUCAUGGACUGGGCCUGCAUGAGUGCUGCCGGCACUGGGGAGCUACUGUGAUAUACUGAAGAAGAGCAUUAUCCCCUUUCUUUGUAGACUGGGCUGCAGGGCAGUAUUCCAACAUGAUAAUGACCCCAAAAACACCUCCAAGACGACCACUGCCUUGCUAAAGAAGCUGAAGGUAAAGGUUAUGGAUUGGCCAAGCAUAUCUCCAGAACUAAACCAUAUUGAGCAUCUGUGGGGCAUCCUCAAACGGAAGGUGGGGAAGUGCAAGGUCUCUAACACCCACCAGCUCCGUGAUGUCAUCAUGGAGGAGUGGAAGAGGACUCCAGUGGCAACCUGUGAAGCUCUGGUGAACUCCAUGCCCAUGAGGAUUAUUUCAGUGCUGGAAAAUAAUGGUGGCCACACAAAAUAUUGACACGUUGGGCCCAAUGGACAUUUCCACUUAGGGGUGUACUCACUUUUGUUGCCAGCGGUUUAGACAUUAAUGGCCGUGUGUUGUUAUUUUGAGCGGACAGCAAAUUUACACUGUUAUAUAGGAAGUACACUUCCUACUUUACAUUGUAGCAGAGUGUCAUUUCUUCAGUGUUGUCACAUGAAAAGAUAUAAUAAAAUAUUUACAAAAAUGUGAGGGGUAUACUCUCUGUCCUUGUGAGAUACUGUAUAUUGUUGGUAAAUAACUCCAAUUUCUAAUAGUUGGUAACCAUUCUCCCAUAAAAAGAUAUAAAUUAUAAGGGACAAUCCUGACUUGAAAAAAAUAUAACAAGGAAAUAAAACACUGACAAUUAUACUUAAAUGUAUUAUGCCUCUAAGAAGCUGAUGAUGCAUGUCUAUGAUUUCUAGUGAAAGCUUUAAAUAUAGACUAUACUAAAGAUGCCACACAAACCCUGGCCUAGUGGAAGGAUUUGUGCUGAAAUAGGCAAAAUCCACAUGACGGGAAUUUCAUUAUUUACUCUGGCUUUAAAUUUACUUUGAAAUAUCACAUUAAUAAAUAACUGUUAAUCUUUUGUGGACAAUGUUUUAUUUAUUGUCAUAGGGUACUAUUCACUAAGUGCUGUUCAGUGCUCACAGUUCAUUUUUGUGUAGUUUAUUUUUUUGUCCUUUCGACUACUUGCAGAAGACAGAUUCAAUUAUUUCAACCAAAUUUGCACUUCCAUUUGUCUGCAGUUCGGAUGACUGGUGAAAUUUGCUAAAUAACACAGGCUAUUCAGCUAUCCACAAACAGACAAGUUGCAACCAAAUUGCCUUUAUUCAAUUGUUCCAUUUUCAUUGAUACCUAACCCUCCCUAAUCCUAAAUUUCCCUAAAGCAAUCCCAAAUUUCUCUUAAAGAGACACUACAGGCACCCAAACCACUUCAGAUCGUUCAAGCAGCCUGGGUGAACUGUCCCAGGUCCCUUAGCCCUGCAAAGCUAAGCAUUGCAGUUUUAAGAAACUAGAGACUUCCUGGUGGUUAGGUGACUUUUGGUGAGCAUGAUCUCCCAUAUGCAUAUGGUUUAAACUAAAUACAAGGUUCCCAAAUCCUGGAGAAAGAGGAUGUUGUGCAUCUCACUUUGGCCGUUAACUCAUCCACAAUGAAGUUUUCUUCUACUUUUGCUAGAACCUCUUAAGGAUGGUACUCCUGUCGUAAACCAACCUGCCCCUAAGACCCUUCUAGUGACAAGGAAAUUAGGUUUAGUAAUUUUUGAGAAUGUUUUGACAUACCAUCCAGUGGGCGUGAGAGUAAAAAUAUCCAUGGAGAUAAUUCCACGGGUUUCUGAAGGACGUUUGCUGCUAGGUCCCUAAUCCCUUUCCAAUAACCAUGCAGUUUGGGACAGUCCCACUACAUGUGUAAGUAAAUUAUUUUGUGUCCACAUACACGCCAGCAAAGGCUGGUUGGGUGAUGUCCUCUUUUAUGUAGAAAAACUGGGGUUACAGGCCAGCAAAAUGCUAUUUUAAGCACCUGUUCCUGUGAGAGGACGCAAACAGAAACUUUAGAUGCAGCUUCCCAAAACUCCUCCCAGUCGCCACCCUCUAGGGACUCUCCUAAGCUGGCCUCUCAAUGCUCUAUUAGCACUGCACACACAAACUACUUACAUUUACCCAGCUAAUCACAUACACAGAACUUUGCACGAAUGCAUAUAUGAAGGACACAUUGAUGAAACUGCCCUUGGGAUAGCAGAGAGGAUAAAACCAUCCCUGAAAACAGUUUUGUUUUUUUGUGCAUGUCUGUUUGGUAUCUCAUCACAAACCUUUUGGCAUCGAGCUAUAUGCUCUCAGAGCUAUAUGUUCUCAACUUCUAGACUAAAAUCUGUGCCAUGCUGAUGUGAACCAAAAGGUUGAAACUGUACAGUCCAUGGCUGAUUUCUGGUCACUGUUCCAUUUGGAUCAUACCCCAUGUUUUGCUCUAAAAAAAAAAACCUGUGCUUUCAAACAGUGUCCAUUGCUAAGCAAACCAGUAGAAAUGCAGAGUGAAGUCUGAAACACAGUACCUUUUUCGGUGCUCAUUUGCAUGUCAAGCUGUGAAUUCUCUAUCCAAUCUAAACUUCCCAAAGUCCAACUUAAUAUAAGCAGGUGAUGCACAGCUGUAAUUUAUAUAUAUGCAUAAUGGCAUUGCCUUUCUGAAACACUUUCAAAAAUUUUAGUUAGCCUAACAAGUAGCAAUCAACUUAGUAACUGAAACAACUGAAAAAGUAUUUUCUUCCACAGUCUUUUAGCUCCUCCACCGUCCGUAAACUCACAGAGAACCAGCCUGAGGAAGUUUUCUAACUCUUCAGCAACGACUGAACAGACAGCCGGUAGGUAAUUAUACAUGGAAAUUCAGUGCAGGCAAAAAUUUAUAUUUGUUCAUGGGUGAUAAAACUAAAAUAAACUAAAAAGAAAUACUAAAUAUAAAGCCGGCUAUUUUUUUACAUUUCACUGUUUUGUUAAUGUCUUCUAUCUCUUAAUAUUUUCUUCAUAUACUUUAACCUAACAUUACAUUCUUGUGGUCUUAGGCCUUGCGUCUUUUUCAUACAAAAUGUUGGGAUCUAUGGUGGCAAGAGACACCAGCUAGAUGACUUUAUUUUGAACAUUUAAUGUUAAUCAAAUUUUGAAAUUAAAGAAGACAAUAUAACAAAUAUUAACUAAAUAUCAAAGAAAUUUUAUGAGAAGUGUAAUAUAUUUAUAGAUAACGUGUCUGACAGAAAGUCCUGCAAGUUGUGAGGUGGGUUUGUUGUUCCAGCACAUCGCACAGAUGCCUUCUUUCCAUAGUGGUAUCUGCUGCAAUCUUUUCCCCAGGUAAACAAUGCACACCAUCUGCCAUCCUCCUGAUCUAAAAGAAAAUGUAAUUCAUCAGACCAGGCAACCUUCUUUCAUCGAUCCAUGGUCCAAUUCUGUUGCUUACUGUAGCGGAUGGCCCUGUGCUGUCCUGAGCAAUUCAUGUAUUUCUAUGCAUUCCUGUGAAAAUGGCAAAGUCUAUGUAUUUGAUGUAUUGGAUUCGUCUGAAUGUUAGUUAGUUUCAUUCCCUUAGUUUGUUCGAAUGAAACUACCGAACAGUCAGACCUCCCAUGUGUGAAGUGUGUUCUCAAUUACCCAUUGCAACAUUGUUGCGAACAUGUAAUUGGCAAGUGAAGUAGCCGUCCUUUGUUCUCGGGGGUGGCCGCCAUUCGAAAAACGAACACGUGGCGGCGGCCAUUUUAAAACUCCCGAACAGCGGUGUUUUGCCGUUGAGUGUCUGGAACUCAAAUCGGACUCUCGACUAGGCGAACACCGCUGAAGCCUCCACAAGCCCGGUCCGUUCGGUUCCUAACUACCGAACGGCCCCUCAUUCGGUAGAUAGAAAGAACCGAACGAGGGGAUUCAGGCGAACCCUCCCUAGUCUCUAUAGCUAGAGGCUUUCGUGAAGUUUGUUCCCUUACUCCAGGACCGACCGCAGGGCCCAUUCGCAUGGAACCACAUUCGGCUGUCUCAGUCAGUGCGGUCGGUCAUUUUAUUCCCUCCAUAGAUUUCCCGAACCCCUGGUCUGAUCUGGGUGAUUUUUGGAUAUGUUGUUCACCCAGAUCAGGGCUAUCAGGGGUGUAGGAUUUAAAAGGGUACCCCUACGUUUAGGGGUACAUCCAGAAACGGGGGGAAUUACUGUACUGGAUAAGGGGAUUAUGAUGCUGGCUGAGGGGAGGAGAUGUGUGGGAGGUUACCAGGACGGGAUUGGCUACUGUACUAAUGAUUGUAAAUCCCUCCCUUGCAUGGGAGCAUGCUUUAAAAGGACAGUGUGGAUUAAAGAUUUCAGUUCUGCUCCUGAAACUGUGUGUUGUCCAGUUAUUGGGAUUGCUGUUGGGAUAUUGCUGUUAUUAUACCUUCUGGAAACCUUGCCUGUGGAUUUACUAAUUACUUGUUCCUGAGCCUCACUUGGAUUAUAAGCGGAGAUAACCUGGGGAAUAUUGCAUCUCCGCUACACUUACAUUCCCAUUAAUGAGCCAUGGGAGCCCAUGGGUUCACAUAUUGUCCUUCCUUGCACCACGUUUUGUAGAUACUAACCACUUCACACUGGGAACACACCACAAGACUUGCCGUUUUGGUAAUCUUCUGACCUAGUUGCUGCCUAACAUAUCCCAUCCCUUGACAGGUGUCAUUGUAACAAUAUACUCAAUGUAUUUCUCUUCACCUCUCAGUGAUUUGAAUGCUGUGGCUGAUCAGCGUGUUAUAGACUUUCUUUUAUGAAAAAUUGUUUAAAGUAACACAAACUUUAGUCACCUCCACCAUUGAGAACUGGGAAGCUCUCUGCUCAGAGCUAGCCCGGUGGUGCAGUAUUUAGCUCAUUGUCUAAGAGAGUUCUGCUGAUGCUCUCAGCCAAUGAGCUGUCCAUGCACGACAGAUCCCAGGCAAACUGUCAAACGUUAGCAAAUGGUUUUACUACAUAAACUGGGAGGGCACCAGGGCACUCCUGCCACCAUAACAACUACAGCCUACGUUAAUGGUUAUGGUGUUGGGAGUUGUGACGAAGUGCCCUUCGCCACUUGGUCCUGGAUAGGCCUGCUAGCCAGUCUCCUGCCUUGUGACUAUGGCCCUGGGUUGUAUGGCCCUUUAAGACUAUUAUUUGGGCUUAUGGACUUUCAUUGAACUAGUGCUGGUCCUUUAAGCACAGUUUUGGGACAUAGUGAAAAUUGGAACAAUGCCCCUUUAAAACUGUGUCCCCAGAGUCCCCAGACUGUGAAAAUAACUUGUACAUGGCUUUUUCCCUUAUGGUUUGGUAAAUGGGGCUUACCGAACCAUUUACUGCACAGGCGGACCACACAGAAGUGGAAGUGUGCAGUCAAUUUACCUCCCAGGCUGGUGGUUUACCGCAAUGUUUCCGACCGCUGGGUGGCCGUCGUUCGUAUAGUCGAACACUUGGCGGCGGCCAUCUUUGUUAGUCGAAAGCGGUCAGCGGUGUGUGCAGCCAAAUCCACGGAACUGAAAUUGGCUACACAUUUGCACGAACACCGCUGACCCUUACCUUCUCCUCUACUCCGUUUUCAGCUGCAGCGUCUAAGUCCCGUUCGGCGAUUUGAACACACAGGGAGACUAAGCUAUUUGCACGAACGGUGCCCCAUUUGUGCAUGCGAAUAGGUAAUUUUUCUGAGUGAAAUUGACCGACCGCACAGCCCAAAUCUAUGGAACUGUUUUGGGCAGGAAAAUGUGCUUCCGACUAACUUUUUAACCUCUGGAGGGAAUUGCCUGAAUUUUGGAUAUGUUUAUAUUUGAAGUAUGCUGAGUUCGAAUAUGUAACUUUUAUUAAUAUUGCAUGUGUCCUUUUAAAGUUAUAGGAAUUGUAUAACUGUAUUUUUCCUGCCUAUGAUAAUUACGUUAACCCAUUGUGUACAGUAAUUAUAUCACAGGCAGAGGGGAGGAUUUUGCUGAAAUGAAUGGGAGUGUUUUACUGUAUUGUACAUGUUUGAUUGGCUGUUCUACAAACCCAUGUGGGUGGUACUUUGUGUGUAAAACUUGCAUAAAAGAAAGCCUGUUGGUGCUGAUUAAAAGAGAUCUUCUUGACCCUCAACAUGUAGUCUUGUCUCGUGAUUGAAGGGGAACUGCUAUAUUCACACUGGAGAUUGCUAUACUUUGUAUACUCCCCUGAGCUUUAAUCACUUAGCUCUUUUAAGAGCUGUUCCUGAUACGCUUUCCUGGAGGAGAGGUCUUUCCCACACAGUCCUGGAGGACAGAGGCUGAUUCAGGGUGGAAGGAAGACGGCGAGACUUCAGUUAAGCUACGGCGGUUGUGCAGUCCGCAGUGGUUGUGGUGUCCGGUGCGGUGCUUGUGGUCAUUGGCGCAAGCUAGGAAGCGUCCAUCAACGGAAGGUACUCGAUCAAAGUACGGGGAGUUCCGUUACAGGAGUGUUCCUUUAACAUGUUAAACUAACUAUAAUAUAAAACCAUUCCACAUUCAUCCCUUUUGUUUUAUUACAGAACCACCACCUGACACAAAUACAGUAAAUGACGUGAAUAGAAAAACUGCAAAUAUUGUGGUACUGGAUUUGUUAACUUUGUUAAUGAAACCUGCUGAUUUAAGUAAGUAAUUUUUUUAUUCAAAUAAACUAACUAUAUUUUUAUGGUGAAUCAAAGAUGUUCACAAUAUUCAUAUUUCUUGUGUUCAAACAGAUCUGCAUUUGAGUGUUAAUUAAAAUCAAUUACAUUAUGAAGUUACAAAAUAUACAUACAAACCCAUAGUUGUGAGAACAAUUAAUUACAACCAUGUCACAGUUGCGAUUAAAGGGACACUAUAGGCAUCAAAACAACUUGAUCAUAUUGAAGCAGUUUUAGAGUAUAUAUCUCACUGCUUAGUUGCAGUUUAAAUCACUUUUGUUUCUCUUUAUGGAGGCUGACUCACUUACCGUAACUUACCGUAAAACUUAUUUUUCCAUAGUCCAAGCGGCAGUCAUGACAAGUUGGAUGUAGUUGCCUAUUUCUCACAGGACAGGUAGCAUUGGAAAUGUUAAAACAACAAAAUGCAGUCCCUUUCCCCCCAGUCUCCUUCCCUCCUAGCCUUAUAAAGACUUAUUUGGGGGGGGAAAAAAAAUUUCAAUCAGACAUUAACUUGCUUUAGAAGUUUUAUCUCCUCUCUGUAAAUUGAACCUUAAUCACACACAGGAGGCUCCUACAGGGUCUAGAAUGCUAUUAACUAGACAUGUGCACCAGUGAAAUGUUUGUUUUGUACGAAUGAAUUCGUACUAAAUAAACAUUUUAUUUGUCCUUUACGAAUUUUGUUCGUAAAACAUUAGUUUUUCGGAUGAAAUUCGGUAAAAACUAAUUUUUUGUCCAUUAGGAUGAAAAUAAUACUGCGCGUGUAACAAAAAAAAUAGCAUGGGGGAGCCGGCAGCGCUACCAGCUCCCUCCUUGUAAUAAAUAUUAACAAUUCCUACCUCUCCCCCCAAAUGCAUUAAAACCUGUGAUGGUCACUAUGGCCCUCAUAUUAAUAAAAGGGAGGUUAAAUCCUUCCGCAUGCCCCUGCUCACAGUAUGCCGCAAGUAGGGGCAUGUUGCCUAAACAGCGAGCAGCCAGUGGCUGCUCGCUGUCAUUUAAAACUACUAGUGACUGCCCUGGCCUGUACGAACACCAUGCAAGGGAAUCUCUUCAUUUCAGGAUACGAAUGCUCCCCCUGUUCGGUAGUUCAUAUCUCCCAAAAGUUGUUAGUAUAGGUGGUCGGGAAAUAGACCGGGCAGUGUUCUACGUUUUACCGGCGUUCGCGCAAAUGCCUAGCCGAAAAGAGGUCCAGACACUCGAUGACCAAGUACCGCUGCCCAUGUUCGGAUUAUAAGAUGGCCACCCAGGGGAAGCAUUCAUUAAAUACUUCAUUGCUGUUUCGCACUUAAGUUGUUGGUGUUAACGUUCUAAUGGGGUAAAGGGGUGGUCCUCGGAGGAGACAAAAGGAUUCUGCUGCAGGGAGAUCCAGGUUUUUUUGUUUCUCCUCAGUGCUUUGGGGGUUAAUUCUCCUGCAGCAAGCAGUCUAUUAAACGAAAGAACUGAAACGAAAAGGUAAUGUAUUCGGCAUUUGCACUUUUGUUUCGUAUAUAAUUCGUAUUGACCGACCGCACAGCCCAAAUCUAUGGAACUGUUUUGGGCAGGAAAAUGUGCUUCCGACUAACUUUUUAACCUCUGGAGGGAAUUGCCUGAAUUUUGGAUAUGUUUAUAUUUGAAGUAUGCUGAGUUCGAAUAUGUAACUUUUAUUAAUAUUGCAUGUGUCCUUUUAAAGUUAUAGGAAUUGUAUAACUGUAUUUUUCCUGCCUAUGAUAAUUACGUUAACCCAUUGUGUACAGUAAUUAUAUCACAGGCAGAGGGGAGGAUUUUGCUGAAAUGAAUGGGAGUGUUUUACUGUAUUGUACAUGUUUGAUUGGCUGUUCUACAAACCCAUGUGGGUGGUACUUUGUGUGUAAAACUUGCAUAAAAGAAAGCCUGUUGGUGCUGAUUAAAAGAGAUCUUCUUGACCCUCAACAUGUAGUCUUGUCUCGUGAUUGAAGGGGAACUGCUAUAUUCACACUGGAGAUUGCUAUACUUUGUAUACUCCCCUGAGCUUUAAUCACUUAGCUCUUUUAAGAGCUGUUCCUGAUACGCUUUCCUGGAGGAGAGGUCUUUCCCACACAGUCCUGGAGGACAGAGGCUGAUUCAGGGUGGAAGGAAGACGGCGAGACUUCAGUUAAGCUACGGCGGUUGUGCAGUCCGCAGUGGUUGUGGUGUCCGGUGCGGUGCUUGUGGUCAUUGGCGCAAGCUAGGAAGCGUCCAUCAACGGAAGGUACUCGAUCAAAGUACGGGGAGUUCCGUUACAGGAGUGUUCCUUUAACAUGUUAAACUAACUAUAAUAUAAAACCAUUCCACAUUCAUCCCUUUUGUUUUAUUACAGAACCACCACCUGACACAAAUACAGUAAAUGACGUGAAUAGAAAAACUGCAAAUAUUGUGGUACUGGAUUUGUUAACUUUGUUAAUGAAACCUGCUGAUUUAAGUAAGUAAUUUUUUUAUUCAAAUAAACUAACUAUAUUUUUAUGGUGAAUCAAAGAUGUUCACAAUAUUCAUAUUUCUUGUGUUCAAACAGAUCUGCAUUUGAGUGUUAAUUAAAAUCAAUUACAUUAUGAAGUUACAAAAUAUACAUACAAACCCAUAGUUGUGAGAACAAUUAAUUACAACCAUGUCACAGUUGCGAUUAAAGGGACACUAUAGGCAUCAAAACAACUUGAUCAUAUUGAAGCAGUUUUAGAGUAUAGAUCUCACUGCUUAGUUGCAGUUUAAAUCACUUUUGUUUCUCUUUAUGGAGGCUGACUCACUUACCGUAACUUACCGUAAAACUUAUUUUUCCAUAGUCCAAGCGGCAGUCAUGACAAGUUGGAUGUAGUUGCCUAUUUCUCACAGGACAGGUAGCAUUGGAAAUGUUAAAACAACAAAAUGCAGUCCCUUUCCCCCCAGUCUCCUUCCCUCCUAGCCUUAUAAAGACUUAUUUGGGGGGGGGGGGGAAAUUUCAAUCAGACAUUAACUUGCUUUAGAAGUUUUAUCUCCUCUCUGUAAAUUGAACCUUAAUCACACACAGGAGGCUCCUACAGGGUCUAGAAUGCUAUUAACUAGACAUGUGCACCAGUGAAAUGUUUGUUUUGUACGAAUGAAUUCGUACUAAAUAAACAUUUUAUUUGUCCUUUACGAAUUUUGUUCGUAAAACAUUAGUUUUUCGGAUGAAAUUCGGUAAAAACUAAUUUUUUGUCCAUUAGGAUGAAAAUAAUACUGCGCGUGUAACAAAAAAAAUAGCAUGGGGGAGCCGGCAGCGCUACCAGCUCCCUCCUUGUAAUAAAUAUUAACAAUUCCUACCUCUCCCCCCAAAUGCAUUAAAACCUGUGAUGGUCACUAUGGCCCUCAUAUUAAUAAAAGGGAGGUUAAAUCCUUCCGCAUGCCCCUGCUCACAGUAUGCCGCAAGUAGGGGCAUGUUGCCUAAACAGCGAGCAGCCAGUGGCUGCUCGCUGUCAUUUAAAACUACUAGUGACUGCCCUGGCCUGUACGAACACCAUGCAAGGGAAUCUCUUCAUUUCAGGAUACGAAUGCUCCCCCUGUUCGGUAGUUCAUAUCUCCCAAAAGUUGUUAGUAUAGGUGGUCGGGAAAUAGACCGGGCAGUGUUCUACGUUUUACCGGCGUUCGCGCAAAUGCCUAGCCGAAAAGAGGUCCAGACACUCGAUGACCAAGUACCGCUGCCCAUGUUCGGAUUAUAAGAUGGCCACCCAGGGGAAGCAUUCAUUAAUUACUUCAUUGCUGUUUCGCACUUAAGUUGUUGGUGUUAACGUUCUAAUGGGGUAAAGGGGUGGUCCUCGGAGGAGACAAAAGGAUUCUGCUGCAGGGAGAUCCAGGUUUUUUUGUUUCUCCUCAGUGCUUUGGGGGUUAAUUCUCCUGCAGCAAGCAGUCUAUUAAACGAAAGAACUGAAACGAAAAGGUAAUGUAUUCGGCAUUUGCACUUUUGUUUCGUAUAUAAUUCGUAUGUAGGACUUUCGCUUAUGUUAUAGUAAACGAAUACGAAAAAUUCUGAAAAUUCUGACGAAAUCCUAUUCGUCCAAUAACAAAUGCACAUGUCUACUAUUAACAGAGCAGGAGAUACAGUCUAAAUUGAACCGUUUGUGCAGGAAGUUUAAACAUUAGAUGUCUCUUUACAGGAAGUGUUUAAAAAUACUGUGCAAGUUUUGUGCGGGGAAGUGUGACUAAGGCUGUAUAAACAAAGUGAUUCAACUCCUAAAUGACAGCGAAUUGGCAUGAUCUGCACAUCAAAACAGCUUCAUUAAGCUAAAGUGGUUUGGGUGUCUAUAGUGUCCCUUCCAUAGGUCAUUGAAAACCAAAUUGCAACAUUGAGGCUAAAAUACUCAUACAGACAGUAGUAUUUUGUUGUUUGUGAUUUUUUCCAAAUUAGCUAUUUUGGCUUACAUUUUCAAGUUUUGACUUUAAUUCAUUACAAUUAACCAUUUGGGUUUGUACAUGUAUAUAGUAGCCAUCAAAUGUCCCCAAGUAUAAAUUUACCAGUUUGAUGUAAGUCCUUCAUUUUCUGUGAACAUCUUCUUAAAACAGUAAGUUCAUACCAUCAGAAGAAAGAUAUAUUGGAUUUAAAAAAAAAAUCAAUAAAUAAAAGUUAUUUCAAAAGUGUGUAGCUGUGAAUAUCUUUGCAGACAAUAUGAGAAUGUGGGGUUCUAGUGACACACAGUGGCCAAUUAGGAGUACUACUGUUGAUUAAAUAAUGUUAGUGAGCUGAUGUUUAAUAAUAAUUGUAGAUAUUACAUUAGCAUAAUACAACCCCUAUAUCCAAAGUUUUUCCAAUUUGACACUUUGUAUUUUGCUAAAUGGAUAAUGAGUCCUGUGACUGUAUUGUGACAUAACGUGUUAUGACUGGCUACUCUAUGGAUAAGGGUGAAUUAUUAUACAAAUAGGGUGGGUUUAUUCAAUGUAUCUGUAAGUGUUAAAUUGACAAAACAUUGCAAAAAUUCUACAACUCAACUGAACUAUUUUGUCCUAUAAGUUUUCAAAUACCUGGUUUAUUAAGUAAGUUCACUAUUUUUUUAUCUCAUCAUUGUUUGUGUAUUGCGUACAAUUUACUAUAUGAUAACCAUUCAUUUACUAAGAUCAACAUGGCAUCACAUAGUGAGGGGAGCAGGUUAACGCUGUUACAUAUUUUUUGCAAAUCUCUGCAGCAGGAUGUUAGGCAGAACACUGCAAACUGUCCUUUUCUUUUUUAUGGUAAUUUAUAUUUUUAUUGAGAUGAUCGUACAGUGUGCAUGCUUAAAUUUCCAGCACACAAUUGAAUAACAGUUAGGCUUGCGCAGAAUAAAUGUCAGAAUCUAAACUGGCAGAAAUAACAUCUCAUUUUUGUAAAAUUAAAAUAAAACAGAGACAUGUCAUCAUAAGAUAUAAAAGAGGUAACAAAGCGGUAGUGAUAAGCUUGUCAAAAUAUAUGCACAAUUUGUAAAUAUAGCAAAUGAAAAACAUGGGAAAACAAUGCUUAAAAUAAUAAUAAAAUAAAAAUGAAAAGUCACUGGAGUAAACUGUGAGCAAUACUGAGUAAAUAAUAAAAGACACCAGUGAAGUUACCAUAGGACUAAUUCUAGUUGUUCAUAUAGCCUGCGUCUUGCUUGAUAAGCAGCCAAGCCCUGCCCCAAAAGCAUGAUUGCACACUUUAUUGAAAUAUCCUGUGCAGCCCUAAGUUAAUACAUAAAAAUAUUACAAUGCAAGAAGAUGAAAUAUUAGUAGAAAUAACUGAAACAGGAGAUCAUAUUUUGGAGGGAAAAGACAACUGAAAUCCAGCUGUAUAUAUGUCAUCAAUGUUUCUACUUUAAUCUGCCUUCUUCCCUGUAGAUAAUAUAUAUUUACACAGGCCGUGCAAUUAUGUAUUAAAGAUUUUUCUCUUAUUUUCAAGUUAUUAAUGGCCAAACCGUUGCUGAGCGUGACACUUUAAAUGGAAUGGCGGAGGAGCAUCUCAGAAACUAUAAAGAGGAUGUUAAGACUGCACAGGUAACAUAUAUAUAUCAGCAAUACAUCAUUUGCAAGAAUAACACAGGUACAGCUAUAGAGCAAAUAUAUUGUACAUUGAAAACUUAAUGAAUUGGAAGGCAUGCUGAAAUGGCAGUAAAUUACAAACUUGAGCCGAAAAGUGGAGCAGUGAAAACAAAAAAACUUAUAUUAUAAAUUCAGCAGAUGAGAAUUUCCCCUGUAGGAUCUUUCUGGAAUAAAAGGGAAUCAUGACAUGUCACACAUGUUUUGUGUCCUUAAGGGGUUAAACAGUGUCUCUCAUAGUGUGUCCAUACAUAGAACAUGCAAAAAGAUAAAGAAACUCAGCAUAGUGCAUAUUGUUUUCAGGGUGAGUGUAUCUUGAGAUUGUACAGAUUUCACACUUACACACUAACUUUGUGCAUUAAGAACCUUUUAAGGAUCGCUCCAGGCACCAUGACAACUUAAUCAGAAUUAAGUUGUUAUGGUGUGAGGAGGCCCCAGGCAUUGGCUUACCUAAAAGGGUUAAACCGUACAAAUCUCUUUCACUCUCUUUUCUGAAUGAGGAACUAGUGAUAGGCUGAGUGUUAGCUGACUCUCUCAGCCUAUCAGUGUAUGGUCCUAGGCUCUCUCAUUGAAACCUCAGAUAUUGAGUGGAAGUUCAUGAGCAGAGAGAUUGGUCACUAUACUUUGAAAAACAGAAAUCAAAUUCUAUCCUUAUUGCUACAGAUGGAAAAAAAUGUGUAUUAAUAAUAUUGUAAUGUCAUUUUUUUUUUAGAUUGAAAUAUUUGGACAAGAGAUGGAAUUGAAUGAAUUAGACAAUAUAAAAGAACCUAAGAAAACAGAUUUAGCAAAUAAAUUAUCACUGGCAAUAAAAAGAAGAGCUGAAGCCCAUUACAUAGCAUCACUCAAAGCAAGAGAGAAAAAAAAUUACUGA